CAACAGCUGGGACAGGAAGUAUCGCUCACUCUGCCACUUGGAGAAGGGGAAUCAGCAGAUGGACAGAAGCAAUCGUCUGGCUGUGGGAUGCUGUGGAACAAUAAUAAGGCAAGUUCACUUGCAGAGUUGUGGCUUGAAGGUGGCUGGCAUCCACGGUCAGAAACUGGCUCACAUCUAGUGAUGGACCUAACUGAACCUGGAAGAUGUUAGUGGGUGGAAGCCAAUGGGUUCUCAUUCAGAUAUCAGUGAAAUGCCAUGAGACUGAAGCAGGUGGAUGUUUGUAGAUUUACGCUUGUUGAAAUUUACCUUCAGAAGCCAGUUGACGGAAGAUAUUUGUGGGUUGAAGUUGGGGCACAAAUAGGUAUCCGUACAUAUGAAGGUUGAACUGUAAAUAUUUUUUAAUAAUAAGCAACUCACUGCUGUGGUGCCCCCACAACUGUCAGGUCUAGGAAGGUUGCGCUGUUGCCAUUAGCUACAAACUGCCUCUGAUGUCACAAAAGGACAUGGUGGCUGAGGGGAAAGAGGCAGUUAGUAGCGGGGGGGGGAGGGGAGGGAAGAGCCCCAGGAGAAGGAGACUGAGGCAAAGGUGCCCAAGGGGUGGUCCUUGCUCUCAGUGUGGCCUUUGUAGCCCACGGCAGGGAGGAGGCUGGGGACAAAACAACUUCUUUAAAAAUUGAAGGUGGUUUUAUUUUUAUUGUUUUUGCAUAAACUGCUUAGAGUUUUUUGUUUUGUUUUGUUUUUUACUAUUAUGAGUAAUACUAUUACAACCCCAUGCUUCUCCUCUUGAACAUAUACAGGAUGAUUAACAGUUAAAUUCAGGCCCAAAUUCACUCUCCACCCUAACUGCUACUUCACUUUUUUGAAAAGCUUUUGGAAACCACAGUUAGGGCCAAACACAUCUCUAGUUUCUUGCCUGUCUUAAUUAUCUUAAACAUGUAUUUAUUUAUUUUUGUGUGUUACACAGACACAGCUGAAUUCGUAUUUUAUGUGGGGUUUGUUGCUCAUGACGGGUUCCGAUUUUGACGCUUGGAACAAUGUUCAUUGACAAUGUAAUGAAUGGAUGAUGCCGCUAGAUGGUGCUUGAGCCCUCUAGCAUCGAGAAAUUCCCCCCAUCACUUUUUUAAAUGUAUGUUGUUGUCUUGCUCUUCCUAAAGGCAGAGGAGAAGGAUUAGUCAAAAAAGAGGGAAAGAACCCUCAACACAACAGAGCUGGGAGUUGAUUUGAAUUUUACUUUCCCUCUCAAAUGAAAAUGCUUGCAUAUAUUCAUAUACAUCAACAGAUCCUCUUACCCUUUUUGUCCUUAAAAUGGCAACAAAGAAUGCCGCUUCCCUUAGGAGUGAAACUUUCUAGACCAGAAGAUGCUUGUUCAAUUUCACAAUUCCUUUGUUUCCCUUGGGAUUGGGAGGGGAAAUCAAUUAGGAGUGAUGAAAUGGAAUGAACUGACCAUGGGUGGCUAUAGCAUUGUAUCCCUUCAACACUGUUAGAGUCCAUCAGACUCCCAUCAGACCCAGCCAGCAUGGCCGAUGGCCAGGGAUAAUGGGAGCUCGAGUCCAACAACAGCUGGAGGAGAUGUCCCCAGAGAAGACUUUCCUUCUUCCAUGAGAGCUCUUCUCUUCCCACCCACCCUCCAUUAGGCUUGCAUAAUGAUCAAGUUCUUUGUGAUGCAUGGAUACAGUUCAAGAAGCUGCACUUCUUGAAUCACCACCUCCUGAUACACAUCUGUUACGAGGCUAGGAGGCUUCUUGUAGUGGCAUGGUGACUGGCUUAGUUAGAAGUGCCAGGGAUUGGAUGUUAAGUGUUAGUAGCUGGAUUUUAAAUACCCCUCUCUGUUCUUUGGCGAGAGGCUUUUUUCCUUCUUCAUAAAAAAAAUGGCAUGAAAAUAAUCUCUUCUCUCUUUCUCUUCUCUCUUUGGUGAUCACUCAUAGCCAAGUAAGAUUGUCUUCCAGAAACAUGGUUUUAACAGUGACUCCAUAAGUGACUGUGGAGGCCAAUUCUGGAUCCACAUGUCCUUCCACAGUGGGGUCAUAGGUUUCUGGGCAGGGGGUGAUUAUGACGAUGGUUUGCCAAGCAUGUCUUCCUCUUAGCAUGUUUCUCCCUUUCGUCCUGAGUUCGAGCAUCUUCAAAGCCCAUGACACCUUUGGUAAAGGCUGUUCUCCAACUGAAGCACUCACAGGCCAGUGUUUCCCAGUUGUCUGUGUUUAUACUACAUUUUUUUUUAGAUUUGCCUUGAGUCUUUAAACCUCUUUUGUUGACCACCAGCACUGCGCUUUCCAUUUUUAAGUUUGGAAACGUACACUGUUGAUAGCAUAUGCCUGUAUUUUGAUUCUUAGUUCACUACAAUUUCAAAUGUUUAUACAGUUAGCUAUUUGGUUAAAUCUGAUUAGCCUUUGGGAACAUCUAGCAUUGUAUAUUCAGAUAUUUGGAUGAACUUUACAUUGACAUGGUCCUACUUGUAAGGCAUAAUAAAAUCUAAGUAUUUAAUUUAGGCCUUUGAUUUUCUAUUUAUUGGGGUGUGUGUAGACAUCCUGCUCCAGAAGUCUCAGGGUGAGUAAUAACAACUGAAAAGCCAAUGCAAAAUAUUCGCUUGAAAUGAAAUACCAAUCCAUCUACUAGCUCAUGGGAGUGUUUCCAAAAACAGGAACAGCAUGUGAAUCUCAUAAACAGCCAAGGCCUGAACAACAGUGCCCUUUAUUUAUUUUCUUACAAUUAUUUCCCACCUUUCAUCCUUCAUGGAAUCCAAGGUAGGAUGGUUCCCAGACAGUUAUCCAAUCCAGGCACUACCCAGACCCAGGUUAGUACAGCUCCAGCAAGGCAAUGGCCUUGUGUGCCUUCAGACCAGAUCUGAACAACAGAAUGAUCUUCAUAUGCUGCAAGGUUUCCUGGAGCAGUUCAGUGGUAAGUGCCUUUGUUCUUCAGCUGAAAGGACCUCAGCUCAGGACCUGCUGGAACUCGACAGAUGAGCAGCCGUGAGAUAAUAAUUAUAGCAUGGAGCUGCUCCGCUCUGCUCUGCACAGAGUGCCCAGCACCCAUCAGAUAAUAACGGUGCUCAGGGAGUAUUUGCAAGGUCAUUAGCAAAUUUCCUUUGGCGCUCCUGCCUGGGUUCUUCAAGAGGACACACCACAAGGCUGUGUAUGACAAACAUUUCUCUGGUGUAACUUCCCCUUUUAAGCCUGCUGUGCUUUUGCAAUCUGUAAGGGUACAAGUGGAACCCUUUUUCAAGGAAGGAGAAUGUCCUUGCUCUGUCUUCCUAGUUGCUGCUGGUUCCCUUGGGCAUGGCCAGGAGUUUUGUUAGGGGGAGCCUUUUUUUGAGAGAGAUCGACCCCAAAAGUUGUUGAGCUUUUGGGGGGAGAUAACAGGUAAAAAUCCCUCCCAAAGAGGAUAUUAUGGGGGGCAGGCUUUGGCUAGAGGGGGCAGAACCUCAGUUAAUUGAGUAUUUUUAAUGCUUUCCAAUAAUUUUUGAGGAUUUUCUCCCCCCCCCCCCCUUGCUGGUUGCCCCAGUCUCCUGAAUAAGCAAACUGAGUGUGGCAAUGUUCUCCGAUCAGAAUGGUAGUCUGUCUCUGCCUUUAAAAGGAGCACGUGCACACAUACUGUAUGUAGUUACGUAGAAAUGUACCUAUCCUUUCAUUUAGUUAAACAUGCUCCUUUCGGAUUUAAGGAUCUGCAGCUGCAAGGGCUUACGGCAUCCGCCGCCUCUGGAUCUCCCAGCCCGGAGGGAGGGUGCGCGCGCGCGUGAAAGGCGACUUUCCCCUUCUUCCUUUUGGUUUCCCUUUAAAUGGAAGCCCCGCCCACUGAAAUUGACACAGUCCUCCUCGGCCGGGCCAAUGGGCGCCUCGGAUGCGUGUUCUGUUUGUUACAAGUUUCACGCAGCUCGAAGGCAGCGAGAGGGAGCGUGGAAGAGAGAGAAAGGAGCCGGGCCGGGUGCGCGAGGGAAGAAGAGCGCGUGUGCCCAGGAGGAGCGAUGCUGCCCAGGGGCUGCCGGCGACGGGGAAGCGAGUGAGCGGCAUGGCACGUUAGACCCGCUGCCAUGAGCGGAGCCCCGGGCCUCUGCUGGGAGAGCUUGCUCAUCUCUUCCUAAGUUCUUGCUGCUGCUCCCCUUUUGCCUCUCUUGCUGAGCAGAAGCCCCGCUAUAGCUGCUCCUUUACCUCGGUUGCCUCCGCAGUCUGCGAAGCAAAUGAAAGGAUUUGCUGUGUAAUAUCUAUACGUUUUGGAAGAAAAGGAAGGGGGGGGGACCAAAAACCAAAGACUGUGCGUGGCAGUAUUUUUCUUCAACAAAACCCAGACCCAUCCUGCCUGUUGUCUGGAAGGAAAGGGGCGCAAGAUCGAAUUUCUCUCUGCAGAUCCUGCCCUCUCCAAACUACAAGUUGGGUGUACCUGAAGUUGCUGAAUGCAAGCUAUUCUGAGUGCCUCUAAGCGUGGCGGCGGCGGCGGCAGCGGCAGCCGAUCUAGAUGUGCGUGGGUGCUUAACUCUUUCCCGGCUCUCUGGAUUUGUACCAUGCUCAAGAUCCUCACGAAGAAGCUCAGGAAUCAGAGUUUGAAUGAGAUCCAGCCCUUCCAGUUAAAGGUAAAAAAAAAAAGGGAGCGCGGAGUUGGUUGUAUAUUCCAAAGCACGUCUCAUUUUUUAUUUUUGCGUUGAGCUGUACUGAUUGCAGAAACUCUAUACUGUUCUUGUUAGCAUGGCCAGGGCUCGUUAUCUGCCUUUCGCAUCCUGCUCGUGGCACGAGUUAACCGUGAGAGCUGCGUAUGCGCUUGAAUAAGGCCUGUUCCUUUCGAGGGCCAGGUUGUCUUUGUCCACACAGCAGCUCAAGGGAUGGAGGAGGCCUUGCACUUCCUUGGACAGCCUCGAGCCUCGAAAAGUGCACUGUGUGGAUGCAAGGGUUAUUAGCAAAGUGCAUAUUUUGUGUGUUGCGGAUUAUAUUUGAAGGGAGACAUUUUUUGAUCUCGAGAGUGGCUCCUGCAAAGAGAGGGGGCUGUGCCGCUCUGAAAAUAAAUAAAACAUUUGGGCAAUAUUUAGAAGUUGGUGAAGUGCUUUGCUAGGCACGGGUUUUGACUGUACUUGUCUGUUCUAAGUCUGUAGAUAUUUCCAAAUUACUUGAGAGUAAGUAUAUCUCCCCCCCCCCCCAUAAAAUAAAAUAAAACAAACAGUGGAAAUUACUUGUGGCUAAACAUGUUUAGGAUUGCAUGGUAUAGUUACAGUCUGGUGCUUGCUUAAGAGUAAGCCUCUGAGCUCUGCAGGACUGACUUCUGAGUAAACGUGAGUGGAUCAGGCCGUACCUCUUACCUGCCCCUUACGGCUCUCUUUGUUGGCAGAUUACUGAGCAAGUUAAUUCAUUUUUAUGGACUUGCCUGUGUCUGUCUGGAUAUUGUCAGUGAGUUCAUAAAGGCUAGGGACUCCAGACACAUCUGCACCAUAUUGCACGCACAUUUAUUCAAAAGCUUCUCCCAAAGAUUCCUGGAAAGUGUAGUUUAGUCUUCACAGAGCCACAACUCCCAGCACCCUUAACAAAUGACAGUUCCCAGGAAUCUUUGGAGGAGACCAUGUGCUUCAAAUGUGGCCUGUCUGCAGGGCCAGACUUCUUUUCCUGCCUCCCCCCCAAUAUAACAUUUGAUUAAGGCCCAGUGAGCUGUGGGUGCUCUAGAUAACCCUCAGCCAGCAUAGGUGUGCUGAGAGAUGUAGUCCAAAGCAUUUGGAGGGCACCAUGUUGGGGAAGCUCUUCCAGACUCCACAGUGAACUUGGCCAUGCUAUCUGAAGUCAAAGGGUUUCCAGGCGUCUCUAGGAGAGCAGUGUCUGGGUGGGAGCUAGCUGGGGGUGGAAUUGUGACUGCCUAUACUGAGCAGUGUUGAGGUCCGCCCUUAUACCUUGCAUGUGUGGGUCUAGAUUGGCUUUCUAGAGCCAGCGUCUGUCAAGUUUUUGUGCCAAGCUUUGGUUUUAAGCAGCUGUCCUGAAGGAAUUAGCACAAGUUCUUGUAAAGCUGCCACUGCUUCUUCUCAAAAGAACACAGUUGGAGAGGAAAAGGCGUUGGAGACUUGCACAAGCUGGGGAACAGAAAAAGUUCAGCAUUUGUUCAAACUUGAUUUCUUUCCCCUCUCCCCUCCCCCUCCAGAUAAAUAUGUCUUGGAAUGGGGAAUAUAUACAGUAGGCCUCUGGUUCUUAGUAUAGCUUCUAGUUAAUAGCACUGAGUCGGGCUUGGAGUGUUGAAACAAACUUCUGAACAUAGGCAACUAGAAAUUUGUAACUUUUGCUUAAAAAAAAAAAGCAGAUGGAAAUAAUGAUGCUGCCCACUUCAUAAAGGGACACAGUAAAGUAUGCACUUCUGAGAACAAAAUGGUGCCUGAUGUUCAAAUGUCUCUUCAUAUCCAGUGGUUGUGGGCUAGCUGGCAUAUUAAUAUGUUUUGUUUCACUUGGAUAAAGGAUUUAGCUGGUAGUAAAUACAAUUUUGUAUUUACAAAAGGAACACGGGUGGCGCUGUGGGUUAAACCACAGAGCCUAGGACUUGCUGAUCAGAAGGUUGGCGGUUCGAAUCUCCGCAACGGGGUGAGCUCCCGUUGCUCGGUCCCUGCUCGUGCCAACCUAGCAGUUCAAAAGCACGCUAGUGCAAGUAGAUAAAUAGGUACCGCUCCGGCGGGAAGGUAAACGGCAUUUCUGUGCACUGCUCUGGUUCGCCAGAAGUGGCUGAGUCACGCUGGCCACAUGACCCGGAAGCUGUACGCCAGCUCCCUUGGCCAAUAAAGCGAGAUGAGCACUGCAACCCCAGAGUUGGCCACGACUGGACCUAAUGGUCAGGGAUCCCUUUACCUUUACCUAAAUACAAUUUUGAAAAAAUAUAUGUUAUGGGACAGAAUCUAUAAUCUCUAUUGGGUCUAUUUCAUGGAGGUGUGCCCCAAAGUAACUACAGUUGUACACAAAAGUCAGUUUAUAGGGUUGUCUCUCACCUGAGCAAUCACACAAAGAAUCAUAGCCUAGGCUAUGAUGUUGCAGGCUUUGUUGAUAGCAGCUGCAAAAAUGAAUGGUUUGCAGUCGCCAGAAUGGCCAGAGGAGUAGAAAGAUCGGUGCUCCUUCACACCCAACUAUAGAAACACUGAACUUUUGACAACGUGAGAUUUUAAAAUAAGGACAGGACCCUUGAAUCAACUGGUAUAUUUGCAUGGGGGCAGCUGUAUUGCUACCUGAUUGCUAUGCAAGAGGAUAGACUAUUUGAUGCCUGUUACACGCUUCUGGUUGUCCAGCCUCAAUCUGGUCUUGGAUAUCUCCAAGAUGUAACCUGCAAAAAAGUAAUAGAUAUUAGGAACAUGUCUUGACUAACUUUCUAUAAACCAAUACCCGGAGAGAGAAGUGUGUCUCUGAGGAAUAAUCUCUUGUAAUCUGAAACCUUGAGGGCUGCCACCAUCCUCCUCUCCUAACACCUGGGAAUACAUGCUUGUAUUCGCAUAGGGGAAAGAAAAAUAUAAUAAGCAUGAGCCAUGAAAAAGUAUGCAUGGUUCAAAAUCUCUCUUUAGAAAUUCAUGUUUAUAUACUUGGCCAAAACCUCAUCCUGGAGCAGUUAAUUCCAUAGGUAAGUUUCCCCGCAUUUGUGUUUUGAAGUCAUGUUUGUCUUUGUAUAUUCGUUCUUUCUCUGUCCUAAUAGACAACUGCUUAAACAGAAAGCAUGGGUGACUGUGUGAUCCCCAAAAGUGCAAAAUGUGAGCUUGGAAGUGUAGUCCAAAUCUCCACUUGGCCAUAAACUUGCUGGUGGUGUUAGGAAAGCCGCUCCCUUUCAGUCAGAAUGGUUGUUAGAAUCAUCUAGGUUACCUUUCUCCAACUUGGUACGGUCCAGAUGUUUUGGACUACAAUUUCUGUUGGCCCUGGGAGCUGUAGUCUAAAAACAUCAGGAUACAGCCCUCUUCCAAGAGUUGUAAAGAGGACAAUGAGAGCAUUUGAGGGGGGAAAUAUGUAUAAAUGUUCUUACUGCUUUUCCACUUUCCAUCACAGUAGAGAGCCUUCUGUGUCUGUAGUGGCUCCCUGCAUGUUUUAGCUCCCCAGUUUUCCAUGGAUACAGAACACUCUCCAUCUCAGACACUCGUGUUCACAAGUUGGAAGGUGACGAAGUUGGUGGUGGAAGGGGUUGAGCUAGCACUCAUCCAGACCGCCCCCCUCACAUAAUCCCAUUGCUCUCCUUGCAACCCCUUAAGAGGGCUUAGGUUUUAUUAAAGAUAGCACCCCCAUUAAUCAGUGCCUCCAUUCCUGCGAGGUCAUUCUGCAGCCGUGUUAUCCUUGUGUGAACUUAAGUGGCAUAAUUGGAUCUCUAUGCUAUCUUAAGGUGUGGAUGUUUGAUUCCUUGAUCCUAGGGCUCUGGUUUAUCACAGUGUAAAGGGAGUUUUCCUGAGAAGAGGUGGAGGGAGAGUUGCCAGGGUAGUUGUAAACUCUUAUCCGUGACAUGACUGCGCCAGAAGACAGCCUGUUUCCUUAUCCUUGCAAGAAGGAAGAAUGUUCCUCUGCCCUUGUGUCAACUGUUGGGUUGAGGACCAGUGAGCAAACAUUAUUGAGCUAGUGGACCUCCUCCUUUUUUUAACCUUGCAUGGUUCCACCUCUGAGUUCUGAAGCAGGAGUUCUGGGUGCUGCCUGUUGUCUAAUUGUACUUGGUGCAGUUCAACUGCUUGUUUUUCUCAAGAUAGGGAUCAUAUAUGCAACCGUUGCUAAAACCACCCUGUGUAAAUGCAGAAGUGGGUUGGUUAAAUCCACCCAAACCAAAUGGGCACAGACCUCUGUUGUAGACGGGGAGUGACAGAUUGGCAGCCGCUCUUUAGUCUUACAGAUUGAAAUAUACUCAGAGUCGCAAAGUGAUUUCAUGCUCUUUAUUCAGCUCAUAGUGGUGAGGAGGAAUGAAUGAAAGUCCCCUCAAAGUAUCUGCUUUAUAUACAUUAUUUACACAAUGGGCUGCACGUGAUUGGCUAAUUCCGGAAUUCUACUGUAAGCCAAUCAGGUUGUGGAUUCACUUCUAUCUGGAGCAUGAUUGGGUGGUUCCUGCCAACCAAUCAUACUGCUGCAUUGUUCUAGGACCAAUUAGACUGCUGCAUUCUGAAUCCUGUUGUUCUAGGACCAAUCAGACUGCUGCAUUUUGGAUCCUAUUGUUCUAGGACCAAUCAGACUGCUGCAGUUUGGAUCCUAUUCAACUCAGUACAUAACACAGAUGUUUAACAAUAUUUCUCCAUGCUAUGGAUUUAGGCAAGUAACAGCAAAUUUACAAUUAUGAGAGUGAACAAAGAAGGAAGAAAUCCAAUGCCAAUCCACAGUUGACUAUGUGACAGAAAAGAACUUCCCAUGACGAUCUGUUUUCUUGGUCUGUACCCAUUAAAAAACACACACUCCUUUAUCUUCCUUUACUUUUUCUUCCUUUGUCUGAUCUCUCUUCACUUUCUUCUCAAUUGGCUCUGCUGGCCAUAUGCAUGUAUGGCAGUCCUUCAGAAAGGGUGUCUUCCACCACUGGCACGGUGACCCAGAUAAAACUCACCAUGACAGCAGUUGAGAAUUACGGUCUAUGACCAUAAGAGGAGCAGUGCUGGAUCAGACCAGUGGCCCAUCUAGUCCAGCAUCCUAUUCUAUCUGUGACCAACCAGAUCCCUGUAGGAAAAUUUGCAAGCAGGACCAGAGAAUGAACACUCGCCUUCCUGUAGUUUCCAGCAACUGGUAUUCAGAAACAUUUCUGCUAGUAGCCAUUGAUAGCCUUCUCUAAUUAAUCUGUCCAUUCUUCUUUUGAAGCCAUCCAAGUUGGUGGCCAUGACUGCCACCUGUGGGAAACUAGGUGCAUGUUCCAUGACUUGAAUAGCAAACAUGGUGCCUUCUAGAUGUCCUUUGACCACAACACCCAUCAUUCCUGAUUAGUGACCAUCCUGGCUGGGGCUGAUGGGAGUCAGAAUCCCAGCAACAUCCAGAGAGCACCAUGUCAGCUACCCCUGGCCUACUUUGUAAUUUGGAAUAGUUUUGUCAGGAAUGAUUGGAACACUGGCUCCUGCCCACAUACUAAUUGGACACAAGCUUGGAAGGCAGCACUUUCAAGGUUAACAUCUUAGCUUGGAGACUCCCUUGCUGUAAACUGUGACCUUUCUAACCAUUUACAGCAGUUUGGCUCCCUGUCUCUCCCAAUUCCCAGUCUGCUGAACAAUCCUUCCUGUGCAGUUUGUUACUUGGUUCAUUUGCAGAGUUGAACAGGAUGCUUGGGAGUAUUGUUUGGAGAAGCAAGAGUAUUCAGAAUUUUCUUGUGGUCGGUUGUGCAGUUGUUGCUUGAUCUUUCCGCUGGGCUCUAGGCAGUUUUCUCACUCAGCUGAUGAAAGUCUUGCUCAACAGGAUUUGUUUCCAUCCUCCCAUCUCCCAGAGAGGCUAUUUCUCUCACCCUCUUCCUUUUGCUCUUCAUCUGUGUUCUAGUUUAUUCUCACCCCCUCCUGUUUAGAAAAUGAGUUCCCUUAAGAGGAAUACUUCCUCCCUCUUUGCUUCUGUUGGACGAACUUGGGGACUAAUUUUAGUAUUGCACUACCUGUAAACAGUACUGGAGGCAAGGCCCAGUUCACACACCGUUAACUGUUGAAUGGUUGGUGUUAAACGGCAGUGAUUAUAACUUUUAUUUAUAUAUUUGACUGUUUUAACAGUCCGUUGUGCUUUGAGCACAUUGUCCUUGUUGGGCAAUAUGUAGAAAUUGUCUAUGCAUCAAACUGCAUCAAACAUUUAGUGUUCUGCUUUUCAAUCUGUAGGAACUUAUGUAAAGUAGGGGGUAUAGAAUAAGAGAAUCAGAGAAUGGUAGAGGUGGGGGUCAUAUAGUCCAACCACCAGCAAUGCAGGAAUUUUUUACCCAACAUGAGAAUCAAAAGCCUGCUGUUCCCCACCUGCCAAUGCUCCAUCCACACAAUCUGAGCGUAACUCGCGAAAGAUCCUACAUGGGUAGUCUUGAUUCACAGUUUAGACCACACAUGCAAGCUUUGUUAGCGGAAAACUAAUAUGAAAAUUAAAAAACCCUUUAUUGCCCUACCCAACAAAUAGAGCCAAUAUAAUUGCCCCAGAUAGUUAGCUUAGGGCUGUUUUUAUUACAUUGGAGGCCUGAUCAUGAGAAAACAAUGAUGCUGGCAUCUUAAACAAGAACUCCCUAGGACCCUUACCACCAGCUUAACCUGCUCAAUAAAUAUUUGUGCUCAGCAUGUUCCCUUGGCAAGAGGCCAGCUCUUCCAAUGGUUUUCAGCGACUUCCCACUGUUCCCUGGGCCCAGUGCUGGAUUUAUGUACAGUGGUACCUCAGGUUAAGUACUUAAUUCGUUCUGGAGGUCUGUACUUAACCAGAAACUAUUCUUAACCUGAAGCACCACUUUAGCUAAUGGGGCCUCCUGCUGCUGCCGUGCCGCCGGAGCACGAUUUCUGUUCUCAUCCUGAAGCACUAUUUCUGGGUUAGCGGAGUCUGUAACCUGAAGCGUAUGUAACCUGAAGCGUAUGUAACCUGAAGCGUAUGUAACCUGAGGUACCACUGUAUAAGCUAAACAAGCUAUAGCUUAGGGCCCCACUCUCUUGGGGGCCCCAAAAAAAUUUAAAGGAAAAAAACCACUGGAUGUACAUUUCCUAAAUAUAAUAUAAAAAACAAAUAAAAUCAAACUUACAUAGUCAGAGCUUAAUAAUUAUUUUACUAUUAAUAUACUUAAUUGUAUUUCACUAUUAAUAUACUUCUUAAUUGUAUUUCAGUUCAACAGUUACUAUGAUAAAAAACAUAUUUUGUUAUGUGCAAAUGGCUUUACAUACCUAUUAGGUCCAUAAAUUACCAUAUAGCAUAUAUUCAACACAAAAAACAGUGACAAUUUGUUGUUGACAAAGGACAGCUGGACAUACAAAGGGCCCCAUUACCUUCAGUAGCUAAGGGCCUUAUCAAACCUAAAUCCGGCCCUGCCUGGGCCACACAGAGAUUCACAGCUGUUGUUGACUACAAUUCCCAUAAUCCCUGAUCAUUGGCUGUGUUGCCUGGGGCUGAUGGGAGUUGUUGUCUGUAACAUCUGGAGGGUACCAUCUUGGCUACCCCAGAUCUAAACAUUUAAAUUAACUCGGCUUCCCUAGGCUUGUAACUCCUUUUUUUCCUCUAGGCUUUCCAGCAUGCACUUUUAUGGGGAAAUGGCACCCCCAAAUUGUGAUUGGAGGAAACUUGGGAAUUUUCCAGCCUUGAGCGGAGACAAGGAGUGAACGAGGCUGCAGCAGCAAAGCCCUCCAGCUACAGUCCAAGUUUCUUCCUUAAAUAAACACAGCUGCAGCUUUCUGCUGAGACAAAGCCGAUAGCUCAGGGAAUCCUGUGAACAGUAGUAGCAUAUCCCUGAUCCAGCACAUGCGUGCUUCUGGAAAGCAGCCUCCAUCCUAUUUUUUCCCCUUUCCCAUUUCUGUGCAAAAGUGUGUACGUCUGCACACUUGAUAUAUUGGUUUUCUUUGACUAGGCCACAUAUAAACAAUUGCAUGCACACUCUCUACUUUGAGCAAUGUUUAUUUAAAGGUUCUGGGUGCCUUUGUAUAAGAGUAAUACUAAUUUUUUAUCCACCCAAUAGAACUGAACACCUGAGAGGGUCUGCAGUGAAGAAGGCCGCCUUUCAGAUAUUUGGGGACUUUGUCACUUUGGACUUUAGACAUUAACGUGAGCACCUUGAAUUGGGCCCAGAAAUGAACGUGUGGCCAGUGCAGCAGUUUUCGAACAUAGAUUAUGUGAGAUCUAAGGGGACCCGAGCUCUUGAAAUAGCAUCUCUGUUUGGAAAACCACUAUUCUCUGGGUUCUGGUGUAAUCAUUCAGCUUAGCUAAGAGCUUAUCUAUAUUACACUAUGGCAGUUUUAUUUGUUUUAUGGCUGUCUAUAGACUCUUGGGGGAUUCAUUCUGGUGAAGGUGAUAGAAUUCUUGGCUAUCCCCAGGUCAUACAGUUCCCAUGGCUCUCCAGGGAGAUGGCAUAGAUAUUAUUUAGUUCAAGCAAAUGUUAAAUCUUGUCCUUCAAAUUCCACCCCCCGCCAAGCUGCUGACAUGACAUAAUAAAAACAACAGCACAAGAAUAAAAAAAUAGAUAAAAGUGACUUGCAAAACUGAAGCAGCAGUGGCAGAAAUAGAACAUUCAUUUAAAAUGCUUGGGUGGGUGAGUGUUUCUUGAAAGUUAUUUUAUUUUUUAUUAAUAAUCAAAAUAAAACAAAGCUAAAGAGCAUAAAGAAAUACUGUGAACAGCAGGUUGAAAGCUGUUAUGCUUAAGGAUGAGACAUUUUCAUUGAUUUAAUUUGGUGUUGAUUACAUACACAUAUCCGCUAUUACUAGCCCUCGUUGUUCCUUCAAGAAAAAUAAUCCUAUUUCCUUGUCUGACUUUAGAUUGAACCACUUCAUGUUCCAUUGUCAUAUCCAACCAAUAAUAGCAAGUUGCCACCUGAUUCUGUGUUUUGCUUCAUUGCAAACUAUUUCAAUUGCUUAAUAAAGUUCUAAGAAAAAAGAAAGUCAAAUAUAAAUGUGAUGCAUGCCUUAAAAACACACCAAAAAACGACUGAAAGAGGACAGAAGGCAUGCGAAAGGGACCAGGGUCAGAAUUACACUCAUCUGUGCAUGCCUGUUUUAUAUUAAACUAUUUCCUAAUGUGUUUCUCUCCUAGAUCUCCUAUCCCCCGAGUGAUGAGGAAGACAGUGAUGACUCUGAGGGAGAGAACCAGGAACUUGCUCAGAUUGACAAAGGUAAACUGGGAAGCACGUAGGGUGCAGGGCUUAUCCACUAUUGAUCUGCAAUGCCUGCAUGCUCUAUCAACUCUGUUAUAUGUAACUUCCACCAUAUACGCCUCCUUCCAUUGACCCCUUACUACACAGAACUUUUCCCACGUUUGGUAGCUCUGAGACUGCAAAAUGCAUCAAGAACACAUAAAGUGUGGCUUGUUUAUUACCCCCAUAGAUUUCUCAGGGCAGUAACUCCAUUUUUAUCUUUGUAACAAUGGCGGUAGCCUGGGCUGUAUGAUGGUGGUUGGACCAUGGCCCACCCAGUGAACUGCAUAGUUGGGUGGAGCUUCCAGUUCUCCUUGUUUGUUUUGCUGGAAUGCUGCACUGAGCUAAGCUGAAGCCAUGGUUCGGCUUAGCAUGUCAUCCAAAACAAGGCUUGCGGUUUAGCUGUCUCCAGGCUAACCAUGAGCGGUGACCAAGGUUUGUCCCAUGGCUUACAGCCCGUGCUUCAUCUGGGAGAGGUAAACCCUAAGUGGGGGUUCAGACGACACACCAAGCCAAACUGUGGCUUGGUUCAGUGCAGUACAGCAGUAAAAUGAGCAAGGAAGAGCAAAGCAGCUGGGAUCUGCUCUCCUGAAGCCAGAAUUUUCACACCAUGGUAGACCUCUAUCUGCAUUGCCGCUCUAGUUUAGAUUCUUCUGGCUGAUGAGCUGCUUGCUUUACUCUUUCAUAUGUGGAGCUUGAAUUUCUGUACAGGGAACAGUGUGGUGUUUUGUAAGGUAUCGUAUGGGACGGGGGUGGUGCUGUGGUCUAAACCACUCAGCCCCUUGGGCUUGCUGACCAGAAGGUUGGCGGUUCGAAUCCCCACGAUAGGGUGAGUUCCUGUUGCUCUGUCCCAGCUUCUGCCAAUAUAGCAGUUUGAAAGCAUGCCAGUGCAAGUAGAUAAACAGGUACCCCUGCGACAGGAAGGUAAACAGUGUUUCCAUGCGCUCUGGUUUCUGUCACAGUGUUCUGUUGCACCAGAAGUGGUUUAGUCAUGCUGGCCACAUGACUUGGAAAGCUGUCUGUGAACAAAUGUCAGCUCCCUCAGCCUGAAAGCGAGAUGAACGCCACAUCCCUACAGUCGCCUUUGACUGGACUUAACUGUCCAGGGGUCCUUUACCUUUACCUACCUUUGUAAGGUAUCAAAGGUGGCAAGAAUAUAUUGUCUGUGAUCGACAACCCAUAGUGCAAUGGCUUUGAUGCAGAUACUUGGCCAUGAGAUACUGAUGGCCCAACCAUGUGUUACGAAAUAUAAGUCCACGUACUUUGCCACUUUGUAGGGGAAAUACAUUGUACGAAUAGUCCUUGUAGCACCGUAUGUUGGAAAUGCACAGUAGAUGCAAAACAUCUGGUACCGCUUGUUGGCACCGUGUAAAAAAUAUAAAAUGCCAAGUUCCUUCUAACAAUAAUUCUGUGCCGUAUGCAUUUCUGCCAAGUUGGGGAAUGUUGCAUUACUGUUCAAAAUGGCAUUUGACUGAACCUUUCAUUUGCCAUUCUUUUCAUACCGUUUCCUUUAUGGUUGCGGUUGCUUGAAAAGUUACGCUAUUUUGCAAGUUCAGUUGGUAAAAAGAAGGCAGGAUGUAAGUUCUAAAAUAAAACAAAUAGCUAACCAUCUUGUGUUUAAGUUUCUACUUGACUUCUUCCUCUACCCAACCUCUCUCUCCACUUUAGAUAUGCAUGUGGUUUUCAAGAAUCAGCCAUGCUCUUUAAAUGUACUGUGGGAAAUAGGAGCUCAAACAAUGUAUGAGGACCCUACAGGCACCCUGGUUAUGGGUAAGGGUAGUGAAGUUCAGGGGCAACAAGAAUGUGUCUGUUGGAUGUAUAUUGGGUGGGUGGGUGGAGAGCCUUGGGGAACCUCAAUAUUAAAUUAAAAAAUUAUAUUCAAAAGGGAUCCCAAAGGAAUAGACAAAGGUUCGUAAUUACAGAAUGGUCGAAGCUCAGUAUUCAAAAGGCUUGGUGUCUUCACUAACACCCGCAACUCUUGUCUCUUCUCUCUCAUUGUAUUAGUGCUCAGCUCACUUUCUUCUGCCUCUGCAAAGCUCUGCUCUGAAGGUAAAGUGAGCAAGUUGCUGGGUCCUAGAAAACCAGCUGGACCUUCCCUUCUCCACAAAUGAGCCUUGAUUUCAACAGCUGUUGCUUUUGCAGGAGAGUCACCAGUGGGUUCUUGGAGACUGGCCAAAGUGGGGUGUGUGUGGACAUUAUUAUUAUUAUUUAUUCAAUUAAUAAAUAAUCUUUCCCCACCUCCCCUUCCAGGGUCCCUGGUGAAGUAGUCAUUUGAUGGGAAGGAGGGAUACUGGCGUGGUCAGUUUCCCAUCAUGUGACAGCCAUGACCGAGAUCUCUUCAGUCACUUUUUAAAAAAUCUACUUCUGCAGAGAGAAGACGGAAUUGCACCUUGACCCCCCUGGCAACCAAUCAGCUGCAGAACCAAGAAAACCAGUGCUGCAAAGUACGAGCCCAUUUUCCUCCUGGCCUGGACCGCCACAGCUCUGAAGAGGAGCUGGAACGUAUUAGCUGCGAAUUUGCUGCUGAGAAGCGAAAGUGGUCCCAGGUCAACAGGCUCUCCUGCUGCGGCGACAGCUGCAAUACCUCCUCAAGCGACGAGGAGGUGAAGAACUUGUGCGGCAUGUCGUUCCGGCCGGUGGCAGAAGCGGCGGACGGCUUGCAUGCCACCCCUAGCCCAGUGCUUUUCAGUGCCUCCCCUCCCAAGAGACUCCAGCCUUUGGUACGGACCCCGACGUCCCGGCCUCUCAUCUUCACGAGCGUCGGAGCCAGCUAUGAGCAAGCGAUGCCUUGUAAGCGGCACCGGCAAGGUUAUGGAGACAAAGUCGGAAGGCCCAGCCUUGACCUGGAAAAAAUGCAGCAGGUAAGGCCAUGUUGCAUUGAUAGUCAGUUGGCUGAUCUACGAACUAUUCUACGAAUGCAUUUAGAAUCUGCAGAGCUGGAAGCGCCUCUGAGAGCCAUCCAACCCAACCCUUUGGGUUGAGGAAUCUCAACUAAAGCAUCCAUAAGAGAUGGCCAUCCAACCUUUGCGUAAAAACCUCCAGUGAAGGAUAGUCCACUAUCUUUGGAGGGAGUCCGUUCCACUGCUGAACAGCUCUUUCCUCCAGAAAGUUCUACCUGAUUUGAUUCCAUUUGUAGUCAGUUCACAGUUCACAAAAAUAAAGCAGGCUGUUGUGACAGUAAUACAUAUAGAAAGGUAUACAAAUGAAAAGAAAAUGAAACACCAUUGGCAAUUCAACCGUUAAGACUUCUUGUUUAAAAUUUACAUUUAUGUUAAAAAAUGAACGUUAAAAGCUUACAAAUAGGCCAAUCAACCAUAAUAUGUACUUUCUUAUUCUGCACCUAAACCCAACUGGUCUGGGAGGCCACUUGCAAUCCUCCUUCUGGCUGAGGCUCCCUUAGGAAGGCUCCUGGGUCUGGGAGAUGGGAUGAGGCAGGUGGGAAGAGCCACCCCCAGAUGGCGCACAGAGUUUCUCUGCCAGUAGUCUCACAAAUUAUGUGGUAGAAUAAUUGCUCAGACUUUCCCUCCUGGAAUGAGGCGCAGUUGGAACUGCUUUGACUACCCUGAGCUCCCUUGCUCCCUAGAACCCAAUAGCCUUUAUUCCUAGGGAUGGGGAACCUCUGGCUCACCAGAUAUAGCUUCACUAGAUAUCCCAUCGUUCCUCAUCCUUGGAUGUGGAAGCUGGGGCUAAUGGGAGUUGAGGAGCUCAAGAACAUCUGAGGAGCACCAGAAGUUCUCCAUCCCUGCUUUAGCUCCUGGUGGUCUAGUAACUACCUUCUGCACUGCAUGGAAUCUGACUUCCUGCGUUCACUUGCCAGGGGUUCCGUUUUUUCUGGCCUUCUCUCCUUUCUGGAAACGCUUCAUGUUCUCAGCCUGUUGGUUUCAUUGGCGGGGGCCACCGGUGUCCCAUUGCCUCGCUCAUUGGGCUUGGUGGCGUAUUGUUUGCCUGUAAUCAGUUGGAGAAAGCAGCUGCCCCAUCUGCUUGUCAUGCUAGGCUGCUUGUGGUGCCUUUGCAGAGGAGUGUUUGCUUCAGUGUGCAUGUUCCUUUGCAUUUGGCUCUCUUCCCUCCUCGGGUCCCUUUCCAUUUUGUUUUUGUUUAAAUGGGGCUGAAACAGCUUGGCUUGCGUACAAAGGCACUGAUACAUCUACAGUGUAUUCAGUGGUCUCCUUCCACCCCUUGAUCGCUGUCCUUGGGCAACGUCCUAAUUACACCCAGGACAUGCUGCCAGCCGUAUGCAUUUUAAUGAGGCCUUUGUGUUCGUGUCCCAGAAAGCCCAGGGCCGCUGCUUGCUUCUGGAUGGAGGGGACAGACUCUUCUUUUCAGGGGAGCCUGUGGGGAAGUGCUGUAGGACAGGAGGCAGAUGGUGUGUGUGUGUGUGUGUGUGUGUGUGUGAGAGAGAGAGAGAGAGAGAGAGAGAUCAGACAACUUGUUUUGGUUGACUUGAGGUGAUGGCCGUUGCAAAGAGGUGGAAGAGCACCUGUAGUUGUCAUAGUUGCCAGUUUCUUUCCAGGCCCAAUUCAAGGUACUCACAUUAACAUUUAAAGUCCUAAACUGUGUAGGCCUCAAACACCCCAAAUACCAUUUCCUUCCCUAUAGACCCUCUCAAGUGUUGGUACUGGCAGAGAGGGCUCUCUUAGUAGUUCCACCACCCUCAAAAGUUCAGGUUGUGGUGGCAGAGAACAUUCUCUGUGGCAGCUUCUAGGCUGUGCAAUUCCCUCUCGACAGAGGUGCAUCUUACAGCUUCAGUACAGUCGUACCUUGGAAGUCAAACGGAAUCCGUUCCAGAAGUCCAUUCAACUUCCGAAAUGUUUGGAAUUGAAACCGUGGCUUCUGAUUGGCUGCAGGAAGCUUCUGCAGCCAAUCGGAAGCCCCGUUAGAUGUUUGGCUUCCAAAAGAACAUUCGAAAAUAGGAACAAUCACUUCUGGUUUCCGAUCAUUUGGGAGCCAGAACAUUCGACUCCCAAGACGUUUGGGAGCCAAGGUACGACUGUAUAUAGUUUCCACCAUAUGCUGAAGAUGCACCUCUUUGUCUUGGGCUUUGACACCUGAGAGAGAGAUUUUUAAAGGACCCAGUCCAUUCCUGUGACUGUCAUUUGUUUUUAAUGUUUUUAAUAUUGGAUUUUAAAUGGGUGUAAGUAACCCAUCCUGGAACCUGAUGGAGGAGAGCGGGGAUUAAAGGGAAUCAAUAAUAACAAAAGUAAAGAAGUAAUAAAUUGUGUAGAAGAUGACGUUUUGAAAGCCACAACUUGUGAUGCAGGGGAAGAGAAACUUUGUCACCUGCUAGAAUAUCUCUUUGCUGUUGCAACUCUCUUCAAAAUUGCAAGAGGAUGGUCUCCUUGGCAUCUGGUCAGUGGGGAGAGGAAGGAGCAAAAUUCCAGAAAUUCAACAGAAGCCCUGGUGAGCGCUUGCUCUUGCUCUUAACAGAUGAAGUAGGCUGGUCUGAUCUUGCAGUUUAAGCAGAUGAAGAGGAGCCAGAAGAGUUAGAUUCAAGGGCAUUUAACAGGUAGCUGUAGCAUAGCCAGAUUAACAGAAUUGUAACCCUCCCCGCACCAGUCAUAUUUUUAACAGGAGCAGCAGCAGGGUUACUCUUAAAAGCUGGACCAACCAAACCAAUGGAUUCAAAUAACAAGAAUGAAGAUUGUGACUAAACAUUAGGAAUAUCUUUCUUAUGGCAAGAGCAAUGGAACAGACCACCUCAGAAAGUGGUGGCCUCUCAUUUCUUGGAGGUUUUUAAGCAGAGGUUGGAUGGCCAUCUGUCAUGGAUCCUUUAGGUGUGAUUCCUGCAUUUCAGGAAGUUGGACUAGAUGACUCUUGAGGUCCCUUCCAACUCUACAUUUCUAUUAUUAUGAAUACAGAAAACACCUGAAUGUGUUUAAACAAACAAACAAAAAAGCAAAGAAGAUCUAGUCUGCCUGGUCUGUUUUCUACUUAAUGUGCAAGACUUUAGUGGCAGGAACUUGUGUUCGCUUUCCUCCAACAGGAACAUCCAAAAGGUAUUUUCCCACCUCAUUCUCCUGCAUGCCUAGGUCAGGCUUGGCUUGAGCUCUUCUGGGUUGGUUGAGGAGGAAGAGAAAAGGUUAGGCUCGCAGAUUAAACUGUUUAAUUUUGAAGGAGAGGAUCAUGGGAGGUCGGGAAAUUGGAGGGAGGGAGCCCACAACCUUCUUAUGGAUCAAAUGCAUAUAUAUAUAUAUAUAUAUAUAUAUAUAUAUAUAUCUCACAAAGGUGUGGGGAAAUUGCUCUAGUUCUUGGGUGCUGCUCGUGGGCCUCCUUCGGGGAUCUGGUUGGCCGCUGUGAGAACAUAGUGCUGGUCUAGAUUGGCUUUUGGCCUGAACAAGUGGGACUUUUAAGGAUGUCCCGUCAGAUGGAAGGAAAUUAUUGGUUAAUUGCAUGAAAAUGAUACGAGAGCAGUCUUGACUCGCUAGCACUGUCCUGUAAGCGAUCCCAGCAUCUGGCAAUAAAUAAUACUUCUGAAGCUGAAGCCAUCAGGGGGUUUUUUUGUUUUGUUUUUAAUGGAAUUGGCCUGCUCACUGGAAUCUUUCCCGGCUUUGUGGCCACCUUUUGACUCUUGAGCUCAGCAGCCUGGUAAGAGGGUAUUAGUUUUGGGCUGCUGCUCUGGCUGUCGUCCAGAAGGAAAGGUCACACUGGCAGCCCUUGUUGCACAUACUCUGGCAUCCGGGUGGUGCCAGAGUGGUGUGUCCUCCGUACUUUGAGGGUGUGAACACUCUCCAACCUGCUCUGCAAUUCACUCAAACCACUCCACACACAGUGCUCCUUGUUUUAAUCCACGUAAACAAUGCGCCCAUUCUUUGGAGUGCUUGUAUGUCAGUAUCCACAACUGCUUGGGUUAGACUGAAUGUGCGCUUGUGUGCCAAACAAGCUGUUAGCUCUGUUUGUUGAAGCCACGGGGAAUGCACCUAGAGAUUGGGUUAUCUCAAUGACUUCAGAAAUUGGGAACGGCUGCUUCAUCAUUCAAGCAAAUGUUGGCAAAUGAAUUCUUGGGAGAGUCCCAGCUUCCUCUCCUACAUCUUACUGGUGGCCAACCCAGUUGGGCCAGUAGGGCUGGUGUAGUAUGUUCACUCUGGCAUGUUAGGUCUAACAUUUCAUGUGCAUCCAACUGCAGAACCCAUAUCUUCAGGGAAAUCCUACAGAAGCGUUCCAGGACUACUUUUAUUAUUUUAAAAAAUAGAAAACCCUUUUUGCUUGGCAGAUGGUGUUUGGCUUGGUUUUUUAAUAUACCUGCAAGUUUUCCCGUUCUGUUUUCCUGUGAUCUGUCAGUGUAGGAAGUGAGAAAGAUGUGACAAAAACCUAUGCAAAACAGGUUUCCUAAGCAGUGGUGCAUCCAUGAAGGAUAAGCUUUGUUGUGGAUGUCUCCAUGAUCCUGGGCUUCUUCCAGGGUUGAUGGCAAUACUCUGCUUACUUUGGGAUCAAAUCAUACCCGGUGGCGGCCCCUAAAUCAAGGAUGGGGAACCUGUGGCCCUCCAAAUGUUGCUGGACUACAACUCCUAUCAGCCACAGCCAACAUGGCCAAUAUCAGGGUUGAUGGGUGUUGUAGUUCAGCAACAUUUGGAGGGACAUAGGCACCCCAUCCCUGCCCUGGAUGCAUUUCUCAGAACUCCCCAUAAGACAGGAUAGAUUCCUACAAAUGGUGCCUAUGCAUCUGGCUGGAGAAGUCUAUGUACUUCAAAUGUGUUUGUGUGAAGGCUCCUGUCAAGUGUGAGCCAGUCUUUAAUUAUGUUGUGUUCUAUAUCUUGUUGCUGUUUUAAAAUGCUAUGAACUGCCCUGAUAGCUCAGAUAAAGAGGCACAAUUUAAAAUGAGAUGGUCCUUUACAAAUGAGUGGAAUAUUUAAUACGGAAUUGAACCCAGCCAUGGAAAGUUUCUGUUGUCUGUUGAAGAACCUAUUUAUACACUGGAAACCUGGCUCCAAUAUGCUCGUCUAUAGUGUUUGUUAUAGAAGUCAUCAGGAGUUUGGGUGGAUGUGAAUUAAUGAAUGGACUCCUUAUAUUUACAUACAGAAACUUUGGCAGGCAUGUGUGUGUGUGUGUAUGUAGGGAUUUCCUCAAGCGUUUGGCAGUCGACUUACCACUGAAUGACUGACUUCUGUGUGAGAGGAGAUGGUGCUGAAGACAUUGCAAGAUUUCCAUUUAUUUUCCCAAGCAUGCAGCCUUUUGUGAAGAUGCCGUUGUUACAGGGAAAUAAAAAACGCAGAGUGAGAGCAGCUAAACAUUGUUGGUAAGAGUGCUAUGAUUUGCUGAUGUUGAAGGCAAAAUUUCCAUUCACCUCUCUCAGGGGCACAGUUUCUUUCAGAAUUUAUAAUGCCCGCUGUGUUUCGUUGACAGAGAUUCUCUCCUCUGGUAUACCCUGUCAUAGCUCACCCAUCCCAGCAUUUGGGGUUGAGAUGACACUGAAGUGCAUAAAUCACAAGUUUGACUAUUAUUCUUGAGAACUCAUAAUGCUUACCUUUGAUGUGCAAGGAACAUUAUGACCCUAAGUUCUUCUUUGAUUCUGAUUUUUAACCCAAGCCGUAGAAGAACUUACUCCAGUUAACCUUGCAGCCAAUGGCUGGAGGGCGAGCUCUGCCUUCCUCCCCCUGAAAGAUGCACUUUAUCUCUCUCCUUUGUCCACGGUACACAAAAUGUGACUUGGGAAUAAGAAACCCUUUUGGGGGGGGGGGGAAUGAAACAUCCCUUGCACAUACACAAACCCAUCAUUGGAGGGAGGAAAAUGCAGCCAUUUGAAGAGGUUUGGAGCUCAUGGGGGCAACAAAUAUGGGCACUCUUUAACAGAAGGAGUUCAUCCUUAUGAUGGUUCUCUGCAGUUGCUUGCUAAGGCCAAACCUAGUUUGAAUUGAGUCCACAUCUAUUUGUGACAGCAGAAUCUCCCGUUGAAGGAGCUUCUGGAGUUUGUCUCCUUUGAGAAGCACAGCGCUACACCAAAGCUAUUUUUAAGGCCUAGUAAAAUACACUCCGAAUACAGUGGUACCUUGGUUUAUGAACUUAAUCCGUUCCAGAGUCAAUUCUUAAACCAAAACCGUUCUUAAACCAAGGCGCACUUUCCCUAACGAGGCCUCCCGCUGCCGGUGCCCUUCCACCAUUCGGCUUCUGUUCUUAGACCGAGGUAAAGUUUGCGAACUGGGACACUACUUCCGGUUUUGCGGAGUUUGUAAACCGAACAGUUCGUAAACAGGGCUGUUCUUAAACCGAGGUACCACUGUAUGUAGCUGACCCCGCUACCUGGCAUCAGGCAUAGUACAGGCAGUCAAGCAAUUAUCUGGUGAGCAUCAGGGAGAAAACUCUCUCCAAUCGCAGCCGUUUAAUUAUAUGUUGCGUCAGUGGAUCAAAUCACUGGAGAGCGAGAUCCCUUUAUCCCAUUAGCCCCUCUAUGGCUCCCGUGGGCCCCUGUGUGUCAUUCAAUAUGUACGUGAUGCUCAGUGGGAACAAGAUAGCAGAGAUGGAAACUGGAGAACGGCGGGAUGGUCCAUGAUGUUUCCUCUUUCUAAUUAAUUAUUAUUCUGCUGUCAUCCUCAGGAAGCUCCUAAUGAUAUUAAACAGACUCUUCACCCCGUUCGUCGUCUUUGCUGAUGGUUCCAAACAACGCUGCUUAUUGAUGCAAAAAGCUGAUUGUUUGCAUAUUAUACAAAUGAGUCUAAUGCGGCAAAAAUAAACAUAGCGGCAUGUGAAGGUUUACUGACUCUUAGGCAUUUAUGCUGCUGUGCUGUAGGAUCAGCCUUUCCCAACCUGGUGCCCCCCCAGCUGUUUUGGACUAUAAUUCCCCAUCAUCCCCAGCCAGCAUAGCAAUGGUGUGGCCUGGAAUAGGAAUGAUAAAUUUAAUCUGUGUGGGAGAAAUGCUUGCUGGAGGGAACCCCCCUCCCUUUUUUACACAAUUUAAUUAUUGUUGAAUAAGAGCAUUUGCUUGCAUUAGUUAUGGUAGAGGCUCUAGGAAAUAAUUAGGGAUGUACUAAAUGAAGAAGAAGAGUUUGGAUUUGAUAUCCCGCCUUUCACUCCCUUUAAGGAGUCUCAAAGCGGCUAACAUUCUCCUUUCCCUUCCUCCCCCACAACAAACACUCUGUGAGGUGAGUGGGGCUGAGAGACUUCAGAGAAGUGUGACUGGCCCAAGGUCACCCAGCAGCUGCAUGUGGAGGAGCGGAGACGCAAACCCGGUUCCCCAGAUUACGAGACUACCGCUCUUAACCACUACACCACACUGGCUAAGGGACGUGGGUGUGCUAAGGGACGUGGGUGGCGCUGUGGGUUAAACCACAGAGCCUAGGACUUGCCGAUCAGAAGGUCAGCGGUUCAAAUCCCUGAGACGGGGUGAGCUCCUGUUGCUCGGUCCCUGCUCCUGCCAACCUAGCAGUUUGAAAGCACGUCAAAGUGCAAGUAGAUAAAUAGGUACCGCUCCGGCAGGAAGGUAAACGGCGUUUCCGUGCACUGCUCUGGUUUGCCAGAAGUGGCUUAGUCAUGCUGGCCACAUGACCCGGAACCUGUCUGUGGACAAAUGCCGGCUCCCUUGGUCAAUAAAGCGAGAUGAGCGCCGCAACCCCAGAGUCGGUCACGACUGGACCUAAUGGUCAGGGGUCUCUUUUAUCUUUAUCUUUAUCUUUAUCUUUAUCUUUAUAUCUUUAUCUAUCUUUAUCAAUGGGCUAGUCCUCACAAAGAUUCAAAAUCCCCCUUUGCAGUAGCUGUUGUAGGGAGGAUCUUCUGGUAGGGACCACUAGGGUUCCCUAUGAAUGAAAUUGAAAUUCAUUUUGGGAAGACUACAUUUUUGCCACUGUGGCCCCUGGAUAAUAAAUUUUCCUUAAGAGAUUUUCAUUGCCCACCAGCACCCACUGACAGAGAAGGGGACAGGGCACUGAGAGGACACUUUGCCCAGGGUCCCUCCAAGGUGGAGCUGGGCCCUGAUGCUGAGAGAUAGGCCUCUUAAUAUGAGAUAGGUAUAGAUAGCUCAGCUCAAGGCUUGUCAUAACAGCUAAGAGACUUCUAGCUCCUCCAUCACUUCAAAGGAAACCACUGUAAAGCUAAAGCCAGUGUGGUGUAGUGGUUAGAGUGCUGGACAAGGGCCAGGAAGGCAGGAUUUGAAUCCCCACUCCACCAUGAAGGGUGACAUUGGGCCAGUCGCUCACACUCAGCCUAACCUACCUCACAGGGUUGUUGUGGGGGUUAAAUGAGAAGGGGAGAGAACAUUUCUUUCUUUCUUUAAAUUUAUCGCCCUUCAGCUGAAGAUCUUGGGGAGCUUCGCCAAGAUAAAAAUACAGGAUAAAAGCACAAAAUAAAUAGCUAAACCAAAAGCAAAACAACAGCCCACCUUGAGCUCCAUGGAGAAAAAGGCGGGAUAGAAAUGCAAUUAAUUAAAUUAAGACAUGGUUGGGCCAAAAGGGAAUUUGCAGGCACAGCCGAUUGGCAGCACUCGCAUGGUGCUUUGUGAGCCCCAACCGUUGAUUGCUUAUCAGGGUUUGCAAAGCAUGAUACCUUCGCCCACACUGUUUGAUUUCACAGACUUGGGGGAGAAAUGGGUCACCUGAUGCCAUUGUGAUGUCAGCAGUCUGGCAGGUAGCUUGCCCUGCCCACCUGUCGAGCUUAGCCCCGGGGAUAUGGGGGAGAGAUAAGGAAUUGGCCACCCCAGCCAGAUCCAGUUCCCCACCUGGGGAACGCAUUUCCUGCCCCGUAAUGUACCUUAAAAAAUCUGCUUACCUUUAGAAACGUUGCUUAAUGGCAGCUGCCUUGUGUGUAUCUGUUUUAUUGUUUUAUUAAUGUGUAUUUCAUUGACUGUUGACUUAAAGCUGCUUUAAGAGCAGGAAAUUGUGAUGAUUAUGAUGAUGGCGGUAGGGUUCAGCCAGUCCUAAUCUGGUGCAUGGACAUUCAGUGGCAAACACAGCUGUUAGAGGAAAAGAAAUCAGAAAAUAGAGGGCUCUAGUUCACUGGCAUUGGGGCUGUCUGUCCGUGAGAUGCGUGUUUUGCUGUUGUGAAUUCCAUACAGUUUGAAGAAAAGAUGCACACCUGUAAAAAUAAAAAAAUAAAAGAUCUGACUGCCACUAAUGCAAACCCACAAAAAGUGCCCUCUCUGCCUGGCAUAGUGGCCAGAGUGCUGGACUAAAGAGCUGAGAGACCAGGGUUUGAAUCACCACUCAGCCAUGCAGUUCUUUUGGUGACCGUGGGUCAUUUGCUGUCUCCAACAUGCCCCACAAGGUUGCUGGGGUGUGUUUGUGGUGCUCUGUUUACACCACCUUGAUCAACUUGAAGGAAAGGUGGGAUGAAAAUGUAGGUUAAAAAAAAAAAGUUCAGAGGGAGGAGCUCUCCUGUCACACCUUAACAGGUUGUGCAACUUAUGCCUGUCAUAAAUUGUAACUGGGAGCAAAAGGAUCUGACAGUGGGGAGCUGUUCUUCUGUGUUUAGGAUUGGCUAUGGGGGAGGGAGGGAGAAACUCAGCAAAGAAUUCUCCUCUUUGAGCCAAUUGCUUGCAGGCAAAUAAUAUGUAUUUGGCCCCCUCUCUCUUUGAGCAUGCGUGUGCAUGUGCAUGCAUAUAUAUGUGUGUGUGUGUGCACACAGACACACAAAUAUUUGCGCACACGCUCCCUGGCCUGUUUCAGUUUGCCACGUGGUGAGAUGGUAGGUGGGAGGCCAUCAAACAGAAGCCUCUGGCCUCACAAUAGCCACUUUGUCUGGUGGCCUGACCUCAUUUGCCCACCACGCUGCAGCUGCUCCCAUCCCUAGCCAGGCAUUAACCCCCGGCAUGCUGUGUGCCAGACACAACAUUUCACAGGGAUGGGGAGAGUGGUGGGCAGGAGCUAUUUCCUAUUGUUCUUCACUGGCUCUCCUUUCUUGGGUUGAGUGUGUUACUGCUUAGCUCUGUGUUCUGUUCCUAACAACUGUCACCGGCAGGGAUGUUGGGUAAGACUAAGUUGAGAGCUCCUGCAAACACAGAAAAGUCUUGCUUAGUUCGCGAGUCCCGCCUCCUCCCUCUCUCCUCUUGGCAGAUCUGCUUAUAGCUGUGAGAGAACAUUCUCAAUGCUGCUGAGAAAAGUGUGUCAUGGGAAGGACUUCUCAUGCACAAGUACAGCAGACGUCGACUUGUGUUCUCUCUGUAGGCUUCUUGUCCCUAUGUUGGUGCCAUGCUGUGUCUUCCCCAUCCUUUGUGUGUGAUGUGCUCUGAAACAGUGUGUGAAUAACAUGGGGGGGUAUUCGAACCCCUGUCUCUCUGGCAGGCUGUACUACUGGGACUAGAGGACUGGGGUGUCUCAGCAUUGUAUGUAGUGCUGGGGAGAUGCCCCCUUCAGUGAAAUUCAUUGUUUGCCUCCAUGAGUGGUGGCAAUCCCUGAUAGGUGGGCACUAGUGACGUUCCCAGGAACAUGUAAGGAUGUGUCUGUCAUUGCUUACCUUUUUUAUUUUUAUUUUUUGCCUUUUCUGGUUUAUGUUUCCCUCCAUUGGAUUCUGCAGCCAUUCUGCCUGUGCAGCAGCAGCGUAUCUUCAGAAUGUAAAAAUUGCUCCAAUGAGGUUGGGAUCGGGGUUUCCUGCCCAAAAGGCAGUGACUGCCGCAGGUUGGUUUUACUGAAAAACUUUGCUUUAACAGAUUGGUAAGGUUCUAAAACAGUGAACAGGCAGUCAGGCUGUUUCCACCUUGCAUGGCAAAAUUUCCCUUGCUUGGUUUCCAUGUUCUGUGCCCUGUGCAGCUGCUGUAGCAGCAGGUGUGAAGAUAACCAGGCAGCAGAUUCCUCAUGUGAACAGAAAAAGCCUGUGGGAGCAAUUUAAAAGUGUGCUAACGUAAAAUCGUCUCAGUGCUGUGUGCUUUUUUAUUUUAGAAGCAGGAGAUGGACUUAGGCUUGACUUACUGAGCUUGCAGAACAGAACUGAGGGUUCCUGCCCUUUUUUUCACUUUUUGGUCUGUAACAGGGCUUCAGUUCUUUCUAGCAGCAAUUACUACCGUAAUUCUGAGACGUGGCUUUUCCCAUUACAGCAUCUCUUUAUCAGAUUUGUUUUUGGUUUUUUUUGCCUGACGCAUUUCUGUACCUGUUAAAAAGCCGGAGAGCCAUGCCACGAAAAAGUUGGUAACUCUUAAUAGAAUGCUGCCUCUCCUAAGCUCUCUUCAGGUGUUCAUUGCAACUGUGGGAAGAGGGCAGUGCUGCUGUGGGAAGGUCUGAAGCGGGGUUGAAAGUGUGUUUGGUUCAGUCUGGGAAGGCGGUGGGUAGAGUUGUUAGGCAUGGAGAGUUCUGUCAAUUUCUCUUUCAAUCUUAUAUUCAGCUUGCCACACUUCUGUUUCAUUUUUUUAAAAAUCCUCACAAAAAUGUCUAGUGUGCAUUUCUGCCAAUAUAUAUUUUUCUAUGCUGUUUUGUCUAAUAAAAUGAAUAUUUGUUAUGUUCACCAAUACAUGCAUUUUUCACACGUUGACACAAACGUACACAUUUGGGUCAGGAGCUUACUUUGCAAUAGUUGGAGAAGUGUAAAUUUCAGAAACAGCCUGUGUUUGGGUUUUGGCGUUGUUUUGGGAAGUGCAAAUGAGUUUGGUUCACAUUUUAAAAUGACCCUAAUUUCUCCCCUUUCCCUGGGAACAGCUUGGAGCUUCUGCCCACAGGGACAUCGGCAGCCGGGGUGCUGAGUUCCCCAUACCUUCUGCUCAUUACUGGAAUUCCCAGUUCAGGCAUAACGCCUGUCUGUGUACUUCUCACUAAGAAUUCAUGGUAGGAUCAAAACUGUAUUAGACUUGCCAGCUCAGCGACUCAGGUUGAAGAAUGCAGGUCCUACCCACAUCUGCAGCUAACAAUAAUAAAUAAUAGUAACUUGUUAUUUGUACCCUGCCCAUCUGCGUGGCUUGCUCCAGUCACUCUGCGGGGCUUCCAACAUAUUUUAAAACAUAAUAAAACAUUAAACCUUAAAUCUGCCUUCUAAAGUUAUAUAGUGCCACGGUUUGCGAGAUUCAUAUUGUUUCAUCUAUGCCAUUUGUGUGCAUUUACAUAAACUAAUGCUGUGCUGCUUCCCUGAGAAGUGGAGAAAGCAGCUGAAGAAAGCUCUGCAGAGGCAAGAGAGAACAUGCUGCAGUGGCCCUUCAGAGUUUGCAAGGCAAACUGUGGGUGCUUCUCACUGCUAAUCUGUAUAAGGCAGUACUCCGUCUGGGGGUUGAAAUGGCUCAGGGGAAGGGAUGCAAAUCUAUGUCAAUGUAGUUGAAUCUAGUUUAGUACAUCUUGGCCCAAGAGGAUUUCCCUGGGGACCAUUUUUGCUCCAAUCUGACUUGCAGGCUCCUCACACAGCAUUCCGCCCAACUUUUGGAGAUGCAAAACCAGGAUGUGUGUCUUCCAGGACUCACUUCUGGGUGAGUCGCAUGACACAUGCCUGCCUUCGGCCCAGGAAAAAAUGCUUUUUUCGGGGCAAGAGCGCAGCAACCAAAAUGGCUGCCACGAUCUCGCCCAGAAAAAUGGGACAUCCCUUUUUCCCGGGGGCUCUUGGCAGGUUUGUAAUGCAGUAAAAAUGAAUGGGGUCAACACCUACUGUUUUAAGUUAUCUCCAGUCCAAGUAGAGAUGGGAAGUGAACGCAGUUUCAGACAAGAGCCUGCUUUGGUAACAGAAAGAUUUAUGAUGCAGCUUUGCAGGCCUUGGAAAAGCCUCGAUUUGGUUAAGCAUUAAGACCUGUGGAACCUAUGCAUGUUUACUUGGAAGGUAAGCUGGCUGCGUUUCGAAGGGGUUUAUUGCCAGAUUAAGUGUUCUUAGGGUUGCUCCCCUAAAAUUAUUUGUGGCUGAGGCCAGUGGGCUUCUGGAAUUUCUCGCACUUGGAAACUUGGUUGCGGCCUGACUUGUGUGUGGAGAAAUAGCAGCAGGGAUCCUGUCAAAUCAUCAAUGACAUGCCCUUGUGGCAGUGCCAGGAGCAAAACGUCAAAAACUCAGUUCCAACACCUGGUUUAAAAUAGAAAGUGUUAACAGCACAACGAGGAUGCAUGAGGGAAACCUCUGGCUUUGUUUUCAGCCUGACCGGGCUAUUGUUUUCACAAUUUGCUGGGGGAAACCAGUGUGGUGAAAUGGUUUGGGGGGAAACUGAACUGAGGAGCUUUUCUUCAACUUUCCAACUUAUAGGAUAGCUAGUAACUGGGACGUGAUGGUCUGCUUCCACUGUUGAAGGCAACAUGCCUUGAAAUACUACUUUCUGUGAAUCACAGGUCAGAAGAGUGCUGUUGUUCUUGGGUUUUGCUCACAGGCUUCACAUGGGCAUUUGGUUGGUGACCAUGAGAACAGGAUGCUGGGACUUAGGGCCACAUAAAGGGCACCAUAUAUUUAAUGCACCAUGCUGACACCACUUUAAAUUCCCCCAAGGAAUUCUGGGGGCUGUAGUUUGUGAAGGGUGCUGAGGGUUGUUAGGAGAGCCCAGUUACCUUCCCAGAACUGCAGUUCCCAGAAGAGGGAUUGAUUGUUAAAUUACAGUCUGAGAAUUGUAGCUCUGGGUGGGGAAUAGGGGUCUCCUGACAACUCUCAGCACCCUUAAAAAACCACAGCUCCCAUAAUAUCUUGGGGGAAGCCAGGACUGUUUAAAGUGGUACCAUAGAUUUAAACAUUUGGUGAGAAUGUGGCCUAGAUGGGCAUUUGUUCUGAUCGUGCAGGGCUCUUUUUACAUUCUGGAACACCAGAAGCACAACUGGUGGGACCCAGCAGCCUGUUUAUGAGACUUGGAGAAGAAAGGCAUGCAGGACAUAGGAGAAGGACAGCUCUUCCCUGACAUGAGCAACUGGUCAGAACUUUCUGCUGCCACCUUCAACUUUUGUGGUGUAGGUCUGGGGGCAAAUGCAAAUCAUGGGUAGAAGGCAUUCCGGUGAUCCCAAAGAACAUGACAUUUUCCUCAUUAGUACACCAAAUUUGCUUUCGGUUCACAAUAUGGUUGUUUCUUUGCCCAGUGAGUAAUAGUGUGUGGUGAUACAAUUGUUGUUCCACAUCAUGCUCCAGUAUCUUUUGGCAACACAGCUAACAGAUGGGGUUUGAAAUUAUGGUUUGCGGUGUUUAAAUAUUUGACUUUUGAAUGAUGAAAAUUGUAAAAUACAGAUAGGUGUUGGACUUCAGGAAUGUUUUGAACUUAAUGGGGUUGUAACUUCUUCACGUGACAUUGAAUGGGAAGCGUGUAAGGGCUACAUUUGAAGCAGGAUUAUAGCAUAUGCCUUCCAUAAGGAAUGCAUUAGAACAUUGCAGGAAGAGAAUUUUCAGAAAACAGCGAAGUCUCUCUUCUAAAUCAAUUUGUAACAUCCUUUUUCUCAGGUCUUUAUAGAAAACAUCUGCAACACGCUAAUUAUGAAUUAAAUUAGGGCAGAAUUUGGAUUUACAUGUAUGCACCAAAUCUAUUGGGAAAGGGGUGAGAGACUGGAUCAGAUAAGGGACUUUUCAUUUUUUAAAAGUCAGAACGAUAUGUUGUUGGUUAGAGGUGAGUGUAAUACGGUCUGUUCAGUACCAAAUGAAAUAAAUUCAGAGUUUCAGAAGUAUUACUCCAAAUUACAUAGGAAGGAUAAUGAUCCUACAUGGUGUGUGACUUUGAAAGCAUUUUUUCCCCAGUUGGUUCUCCUUCAUCUUAAAUACACAGCAAAAGGAAAUUCUUGCAAAACCAUUACAGAUGGAAGAAAUUAAGAAUGCUGUUUAUAUAAUGAAGAUUGGGAAAGUGCAGGGGCCAAAUGUCAGGUUCAAAGUAUGAUGCAUAUAUUUCUGUUUCUCCUAAAUCUUGUAAAGAUCAUACUCUCUGGGUAAAUUAUAAGCCAGUUAAUUAAUGUAGAUGCUAAGAUGCUAACAGUGAAUUUGGCAAAUGGAGUUGAAGCAGUGAUAACGGCAGGAUGUUAGGCGGUGUAUGUCAGAAUCCACAUACAUGUCCACCAUGCACAUGAAUGCAACCUACACCCUGAGAGGAAUGGAAACGUGUUGGAACUUGUGCCCAUUUAAAAUAAAUGCACCCCAAUUCACCUUCAUAGCUGGUAAAGAACACAUCACACCAGAAAGUAGGAAAGAUUGGUUUAUUGCUCAGAUGAGAAAAAGAGAGCAUAUGUGCUAAUUUGGGCAGCAAGUUGAUUUGCAUUGAGUAGAAAGUAAUGUGCCUAAAACCUGCCCAGAUCUGGGGGACUUGGAGAUACCGCAACCCUAGGCAGUGUGCAUCAUGCUGUUGCACACAAGAAUUUGUGGAUAAGAACAUAAGAAGAGCUCUGCUGGAUCAGACCAAAAGCCCAGCAUCCUGUUCUCGCAGUGGCCAACCAGAUGACUGUGGGAAGCACCCAAGCAGGACCUGAGCGCAAUCCCCACUUGUGAGUCUCGGCCACUGGCUCCAGCCGUGGACGCAGAACAUAACCAUUGUGGCUAAUGGCUAUAGAUAGCCUUGAAUUUGUCACCUUCUCAUUUAAUGACAUUCAUGUCAGUGGAUUAGCUUUAUUGGAUGACCCUGAAUUCCGAAGGUCUCCCUGCCCGCUCUAUCAUGUUCCCACUUACUUGUCAGUUUUCUAAACUGAAAAGCUGCAAGAGUUGUUUAUUGGCUCUCCCCCCUCACCUCUGUUGAAACACACACACACAGUGUCUCCCUUAGACACUGACCCAAAGGCCAGAUGCUGGGGGAAGAGGCUGCUGCUUGAUGAGCUCCAUUCAAGAGCGAGUAAAGGGAUCCCAGCAGCUGUUUCCUCUCUCUCUCUCUCUCUCUUUAAAAAAGCAGCAUUUUGUCUUGCUUUCAGAGUCCCACACUUGAAACUGCCAUGCAGGUGUUUCUCUCUCUCCCCAUUGCCUGGGCCUCUGGUGUCCACCUGGAGUUUGAGAUGCCAAGCAGGGGUGAGAGCUGGGCCUUGCCCUUGAGUGACAAAAUAAAUGCCUUCUCAUCUGGGGAAUUUCAAAACAAGCCCAUGGUUUUGUGGCAAGGAGAAAAAAAUAUUGUAAACCUGAUGACCUUUUCUCCCGAUGAUAGUAUUAGUACUGGCAUUUUUGUAAGGGGAAAUCUGCUUCCGGCUCUUCAGAAUCUCACCAAAUUAAUACUGAGGGAGGUUUUUUUAAAUUUACAUUGAACAGCUAUAGACAGUACAUGCCAACGUCAAGUUUCUUCGAUUCUGUGUAAUCACCUGCCUUUCCACUAUAUGUGUGUGUGUCCACUACGUAGACAUAUAGAUAUAAACACACACACAACAAUUUUUUAUGUGCUGUAAGCCGCCCAGAGUGGCUGGGGAAACCCAGCCAGAUGGGCAGGGUAUAAAUAAUAAAAUUAUUAUUAUUAUUAUUAUUUACUCUAGGGCCUCUGCCCCUCCUCUCUGUGCCCACAAACCCCUCCUUUCGCUGAGCUUGCCCAGUAAAUACCAGCUUGAUGAUACUUUUCACAGCAGCGCUGGAAACAAAGCCUGAGUUUGUUUUAUACAGGCAUUUCCAGGAAAAUUAUGUUCAGAGUUGGCUGGUUGCAUGCAUGGGUUGGGACAGCACUCCAACCGCUUGGCGUAUUUUGCCUGGGAACCCCUUCUAGUCCUGGAAGCUCUGGGGAUGAAUUUAGCCCACAGGCUUGGAACUCAAGUUGGGAUGAGGGGGAAGAAGCCACUGUGUUCUUGCUCCAGUGCCUUUCACAUAAGUUUAAUUUGCAAAAAGCAGUAGGUGAAACACUGCACGGUAUGGCAAGAGGGAUUAUCAUGUGCCGCUUGUACAUACACAUCAAGCUGCUGCUAAGGGCACAAGAGCCAGGGAUAUAUUAAGCUGGCAGUCCUGCUUGGGUCCAGCAGCAAGCUAUGUUUUGGUGAGUUUGUGGAGAGAUGCUCCAUUGGAUGAUCAGGAGGUGGAGCUAACUGGUAGAGUGCAUGUUUUGUGCUAGUAGUAAGUGGUUUACUGGAAACUGCCUCGUGAGGCGUAAUCUGUCAUCUACCCUUCCCUGCCUUUUAGAACACUGCUAAGGUAAUAACUUGAUAUAAGUUUGAGAACUGAUGGGCAAAGUUCCAAAUGCUCGUUAAUUUGGUUCACACUGAUAAUUGGUUUUGCAAUGCAAGAUGGGAUUCAUACUGGGUGGUUCGCAUUUCUGGCUGUCAGUGUUGUUGUUUUGGUUCGAGAAAUCUUGCUUGAUCAGACUUCUAAUUAAAGAGACUUCUGAACGCUGAAUUGCUUAAGUUUGAAGUAGAGUCUUUUGACAACUUGAUGGUUUCUGGCUGUGGAGUUUUCUCUUGUGCUCUGCUCGCUUUGAUCCUAAUUGGGUAGGGAUGUUUUGGGCGUGCCGCUUCUGAAAGAUCUCAUUUGUACUGGAGUGUUUUGCUGAACAGUACUAAACUGUUCUGUUUCAUGCUGAAAUGUUAUGAUGUCACUUUUGGAAUAGGGCUGCCAUUUUGUAAUGGGCUCAGAAUAAAACUGAAAAGGAUAUAUAUUCAUUGUUUCUGUAAUGCUACAUUGAGCAGAGGCAACGUGUGGGUAAACCACCUAAUAGCAGAGUGUGCGGUUUUGCUGGUCCCUUCUUGUAUCUCUCGAGUUUCUUUUCUCUUUCUCAUUAUGGGAUCAACAUAACCACAAGCUCUGUAUUUUACUCACACAUUGCAGCAUUGCAGAAUCGGUGUCCAUCGUUUUUAAACACAUCUCAGUUUCACUUGCAGCCCGUUAUGCUGUUCCAAAAGUUACAUUAGAAUACUUCACAAUAGUGGAACUUGCAGUUCUGUUGGUCCCAAAGAAUGAAAAAGACAAGAUCACACUGCAUUUAGGGUUCCACAGAUCAAACAGACAAGUCCCCUGCUCUAGGGAAGGAACAAUCUGUGCCUCGAGUAUCCAUGGUGCUUGUUCAGCCCUUAGGUUAAAAAAAAUAAAAAUAUUAAAACAAAUGUGUUAAGAGUUUCAUCAUUACAAUGCUAAAAUUAAGACUCAGUGACGGUAGUGUUGGAAAGGCAUUUUACAUAGGUUUUCAGUGAAUAUAUUAACGUGAAACCCCAGUAAAGUUUUUCCACAAAUUCCUACACUGCUUUUUAUUAUUGCUGAUUCAUUCUUACAGCAUAUCAAAGCCAUAGAUUUAUACAGGUUUAAUAGUUUAUCCUUCUCCCCCUGAGAACCAAUUUAUGAGUAUAUUAGGAUAUCAAAAUAGAUAAAUAACUGUGAAAAGGGCUAGGAACAUCAGCAUUUGCCCAAGUGAAAUUCUCAGGUAUUCUUUGGGAGAAACCAAUACAGUUACCUAUAUGUCGGUUUUUAAUACACUUUUAAAAAGUGUCGUGCCUCUGGGUGGUGGGCAUUGAAGGUACAGAUCAGGUGCUUUCCAGGCCCUGUGCAUCACUCUUAUGGGAGAAGCUGCAUUUGUGAGCCUAGUACAUGUCAUACAGUUUCUGUAACAACAUGGCGCCCUCAUAGUGUUGAUGGACUACAACUUCCAUUGGCCUCGGCCUGCAUGGCUGAUGGUCAGGGAUAAUGUGAGUUGUAAUCAAGCAAUUUCUGGAGAGUGCCAUAUUGUCCCCUGCUUUACAUAUACACAGAGAAUGCAUAUUUUGGGGGAUUGUAUUAUUUUUGACUCUUUGAAGAACCCAUCUUUAUUCCAAUCCACCUCCAGAUUAUGAAAAUGGAAAUUGUAGCUUAAUCUCUUGUAAAGACACCACUGUUGGCUGGUAAUGAAGGGACCUGUCUCUGGUGGCCUGCUGUUCCAUAACUCUCUGUUAUGAGGUUUCUCAGAAACUCUCAAGCAAGGUUCUUAACCUUUGUGCCUCUUAAAGUUAAUGGCCAGGAGAAAUUCAGGAAAUGCAUUCUCCCCCCAACCCACCCCCAUCAGAUUUAGCAGUGAUGCAAGUUUGUCCUGUGGAAUGACUGCCUGCCACGCAGUUGCUCUGAAAACAGGAACUUCCUUUAAGAGCAAAGUAUUUAAGGGCUAAACUGAAUGUGUAGUUUGCUAUUGCAAAACUCAUUAAAAAGCAGAAUAAAAUAGCCAGUGUUCCCCCAUCAAGCCCCAUAAGAAAGAGGGGGAGGAUUUUUUUAAAGCCUUUGUUCUGAUUGGAUGCCACCACCUAUUAAUAGGAAGAAAACCCCAAUUGGUACCAUGGGUCUUAGUAGUGGUUUCUAAAUGUUUGUUUGGACUUCCAACUCACUUCAAGCACUCCAGCAUUAUUUAACACCCAAAUUAAUUGUGCAGCUACACUGCUUAUAUCUUGCAUAUCUGCUCGCUCGCUUUUACCAUAUAAUUCUGCUUCUUUCUCAGAAGAUGCUGUUUAAGAAGAAUUGUGGCACAAAGACGAGAAUCAUCAAAAUCCGGGUAAGUAGCUAUUGCUUGACAGUUCUCACUUUUGUCUUCUUCCUCCUGGGGUUGGGCAAUGAAGUUUCCCUGCUUAUGGGAUGGUAAUAUAGCAAUGAACCUUCGUCUUGCAUUCAUCCUGAUUUCCUUGCAGCAUGUUUACACGUCUUUCACUUAGCUCACACUUUUCAUUAUAUUUCCAUGUCACUUUCCAAACUGCAAAAAGUCUUGUGUAUUUUAAAGUGGAUUUGUUGUGCUCGGGUGAUGGGGGCUAUUCAAUCCACUUCACUUGUGCAAACCUAAAGUCCUGGCAGGCAGCUGAAUUACUCCCACAAAACACUGGCAGGCUGGAGACAUCCAAAAUGUUGUGCUCUCCUCAGGUCCACUUCUGAAAUAGCAGAAAACUUGAUCUUCAAUCUGUUGCAGUUGCCUCAGAAGAACUUUCAUGGUUUUUUCUCCAGAAAGGGGUUGUGUCUAGAGUCGAGGGUGAAGACUGGGUGAGGACUGCAGGCAGAGAUGGAAACUAGACACUCCUGAACUUGAGCAUCAGGGAGUUCAUCUGUAUAUUCUGAGCCAUGUGCAGGAAUCCUGAAGUUUCUGAUGCAUGAAUCACCAUUGCCAGCCUUUCCCUGUCCAACAGAAUUAUGUGUGAGAUUGGGAGAAGGGACCUGAGUUAAGGGCCUUAAUGUACCUCCAUGGAAGAAAGGGCUUGCAUGUACUUUCAUAUAAUUUGGUUGCUUUCUUCUAUCCACAUCUAUUAAUCCUUUGGGGCCAACUACGCCCAAUGCACUGCAUCUAGUAGUUAUGAACCAUGGAGGACCGCCAACAGAGACUUCCCCCAAGUCCUAAGUGAUUAGGCUGGGAUAUUAGGGAUUAGGCAGUCUUUAAAAUAUUCUGGACCAUGUUGUUAAAGUCCUUGUAAAUACAAGAACCUUUUACAAUUUACAAUACAAGAACCUUCAAACUGGCCCAGUAGAGUAUGGGCAGCCACUGCAAGCAUUUGAGCCCCAGAGCAAUGUGCUGGUGAUAGGCUGGCCCUAUCAACACUGUAACUGCAGUAUUUUGCACCAAGUCGAGCUUCCAAAUGAGGUGCAAAGGUAGCCCCACAUAGAUCACAUUGCAUUGUGGUCACAAGUGCAUGAAUCACCACCGACAGGCUAUCCCUGUCCAAGAAUGGACAUAGUUGGCACCCUAGCUCUAGCUGAUAAAACACACUGCUAGCUAUUGAGACUAGUGACAAAGAGGGAAAUAAUGACUAUAAUUUUAAAUGGAAGCGCAACACCUCUCAUCGCAGGUAGGAAGAAGACUGUAACAAGGUGAUCUGUGUGCCUGCUCAGUUUGUUCUGCUUACGCCUGACUGGCAACUUCCAUGGCCCCAGCUGUCCCUUAUUGUGGCUUUUUGCCUUUAACCCAUACUUGGCUUUGACAGCCCUUCAAAUGGAAGAACAUGUGGCCACUCUAUUACUAUUAUUGCCAGUUGGGAAUAACAUCUGAAUAUCCUUAGAUGGUGGUUUGCAUUAAUCACAGCAUUAGUGCUAAUCAUUUCAUCGUUGGAUGCAUGCUUAAUAUGUAGAUAUGCGGUGUAUACAAUCAGUUACGCAUUAGUUGUGCCCAUUAGGAAGAACUGAAAUAGAUGAUUAUCACUUCAUUCAGUAAUAAGGAUAAUUGGUUGUUGGUAGAGUAUCUGAUUCACAUGCAGAGAAGGCCUCACAUUCAAUCCCUGACAUUUCCAGGCCAGGCUAGGAAUGUCCCCAUUCUGAAACUUUGGAGAGCUGCUGACAUCCAAUGUGGACAAUACUGAACUAGAUGGACAAAUCAUCUGAACUGGUACCAUGCAGCUUCCAUUUCCGCCAAGCCACACUCACCUAGCUCAACUGAAAUGGGGUUUGCAGCCACUGCUGAUCAGCUGAUUGACAGUGCCUCCAAAGCUCUGUGCACUGAUCAGCAGGUCUUAGGAAGCUCCAUUUUUAGCACUCUGCGAGUGCUGAUUGGCCUCUUGUUGGUGCUUCGUGGGCUGUGCUUUUACCCGCAGAGUCUGAUAUAGAACCAAGCAGACAAAAGUGGGUCACCUGGUGCUAUUCUGAUGUCAGGUGAUUGGUAGGUGGGAGACCUUGCCCACCUGACACGCUUGGCCUUCGAGGGGUGGGGGAGAUAACUGUCUGUCCCCCCACCUGAACCAGUUCCUCACCCCUGUGGUAGAAGGAGGGAUCUAAUUCCAAAAAUGGAGAGGAGGGGGUGGCAAGGGCCGGGUGGACAUGUGGAUGCUAGGGUGAGUUAGAGAGGGAAGUUGGGAAGCUAAUACACAUUUCUUCAAGGCAGUGUGGAUACCUGCGUGAGAGCAGGUAAGACGGAAAGAAGAGAAUAGCUGAGGAGCAGAUAAUUACUUAAAGUCCUUCACUGAAGCACAAAAGUGUCUUUAAAAAAAAUAAGUACUAGAUUGGGUUGGUCAUGAUGGCAAGAAUAUUUUCUGCAGCCCCUUCCACUUAACUAAAACAAUAAUUUGUUAUAGAGGUAGCAUUUUUGUGGCCAGCAAUGCCACAGCAGAGCUGUGUUCUUGGAAUGCUUCUUUCAUCACAUAAUAUCCUCCUAUUGUGAUAAGGGCGGGGAAGCGAGAGCUAAGAUGUGAAAGUAAUCUUCUCCCAUGCACUUUCCCAAGAAGAAGAUGAAUGUUUGAAAUGUGCUGGGAAUCGAUUUGGCAAUAGAUUAUUUCCUGCACCUGGUGAUUUUUGCUUCUUUUAUCUUCUCAGUGUGUGGUACAGCCCUCCUUAAAUUUUGUAAGCAUUCUUCUUAGUAAUUGACUUGCUUUUGAGAAAAGUUAACUUAAAAUCCCAUUUGCUACUUUGCAAAACAUUCCCCUGAUUUUGCUGAGUUCUCCAGGCAAAAGAUUUCAGCUGGGUAAUUUUUCAUGGUAAUUUCAGCAUGUACCUCCUGUUUAUUGUGGGGGGUGGCGGUGGGCAUCCCUUUCACAAAUGGCACUAGAAAAUAAUUUCUUAACUCUGCAUAUGGACUGAAGCACAGAAAUAAGGAAGAUGAUUGAUAUGACCUAACUCUCCAAGACAAAUAAACAGGAAGUUUGUGGCUCAUUUAUGUAAAUCUCAUCUCUAAACAGCUUGUGGGCAUAAUCUGAGAGAUCAUAAAGCUGUAAAGUGGCUGAUAACCACUAAGCAAACUAAAGCAGUAGAACUUAGUACAGGAUCUUUGGCAGUUUCAAAGGAUCCUCUGAGAGGAAGUGAUUAUUAUUUCUUUAAGAAACUUUCCAGUGCAGAAUUCUAAAUGGCCAACAGUUUAACAACAAAAUAGCAUUUCGUCUUUUUUAUCUCUUGUUUAAAAACAACAGAGGUCCUUUUUCCAGCCCCUCGUUGCAGACACCAAGAACUGCAAAUUAUAAUGUUGAUCCCACUUGAUUUUUCCAAACUGAAGCAUGUGUUUCAUUGUUCUUUUUCCCCUGUAAGAAAUAAAGUCCUUCCACACAGCAAAGUAUUACUCUGGUUUUGUGAUCCCUUUGAUCAUACAUAUCUGAUAGGUAAGCUUUUUUGCUACUUUACCAACUCUUCUGGUGUGGUGCUAUAUUCAAAGAAAUCAGUCAUAUGCUUUAUGUUUUAGAUGUUUCACAUAACACUCUAUUCAAUACCUUUCUACCUCUUGACAUUCUAACCAAAUAUAUAUAGGUCUCUUUCCACACCCUUUCCAAAAAAUUAGUGAGACUUUUUCUGCAUGCAAAAGGGUAUAGUACCAUCUAUGUAACAUUUUCAUAGUAUUAUUUUAUCCAGAAUGUAUGCCAGUACAAAUUCAUUGGCUUCACUACCCACAUGUGGGAGAAAAAAUAGUGUAGCAAGAUGGGAGCUCUAGCCUUGUGCAGGAGGAAGGGAGAACAGGUGAUGCCAUUUUGAGUAAUCCAUAAAAUUCCAGGUUUGAGCUGAAAUAGCAAAGUUAUUGGAAAUGACCAAAUGGAUAAGGCAAGAGAUGAGGAGGCUUGAAAGCAAGAACGAGAAGGAUACAAAAUAGGAAGAGAAGCGCCAUCUCCUUGAUGGAUUUCCUGAAAAUAAGCCUAAUCUCUGGUGAGAGUUGAUGUAGAUUAUUGCAACUCAUUUCAUCUUCUGUGGAACCUGUUUUGUAGACCUGCACUCACUUUCAAGCUCUUCAUUCUCACAGAAUAGCAAUCUGUUUCCUGCGGUUCCAUGGGUUGCCUUUGCAAAUGAUAGUUCUUCUGCACCAGUUCUAAGUUCUUUCUGUUCGGAAUAGAGAGCAACUUUAACUAAGCAUGGAAUCCUUAGUCCUCCAAACAAGCCAACUGGCUAAGUUAGAUACGAGGCAGAAACUUCAUGUACAAGAGCUGAAAUGCUCUUGCUAACAGAGCCAUCAGUAUCAGAUAAUGCUCCAUGGAAGGGGCAAAUAUUUGGGUGUCCUUCUUUGCUCUUCCGAGUUUGAGGCUUAUUUCUUCGUGGCUUAUUUCUCCAGCAGGGUGGUAAUUAGACUUUGAUCAUUUCAUUACGUGGGUGGAGGGUGGGAGUUGAAUCUUGCCUUUUAUUUUAAUUUUGGCAUUAUCUGUCAGCCCAGAGGCUUUUUGAAAUUUGUCCCAUUUGGGGCCUUGUUAACAAUUAAAUUAAAUGUAGGAAUAGAGUAAAAAAGUUAAGGUCAUGCUGCUGUAGGAGUGGAAGCAGGAGAUGUAGGUCAAAUCAAUGGCUCUCAUUCAUAUAUAUGAAUUUUUUGGGGGUCCCCCUCCCCAAAGACUGGGUUGCAGGGAGGUUACAGUUUUCCACACCAUAGUCUGUCAACUAUAUUUGCCUAUCUUUCUGAUGAGUGUGGGAACCUGGAUCUCCUUUUCAUUAAUUCUUCUGCUGUACAUUGUGCCCAUGAUUCUCAUCCUUGGCCUCUGCCAGGGAAGUGAUUUAUCCAGAGGCAAGGGCCUAGUGUCGGCAUGUGUAGUCCCUGUGCCAACAGCCUUGGUUAGAGAAAGAUGAUAAAGAUGCACUUUGUUCUUUUCAGUUUUGAUUCUUUCUACAUGCAUAAUAUUGCCUGUGUUGGGUUUGUUAGCUGUGAGCAACUGCAGUGCCUGGAGCCUAAUGCAAAUUGCAGGGUGUAUACAGGGUGCUUGCAUAUAUUCUCUCCCACCCACCCCCCUGCACAUUUACUCCAUAAGGCAGCCAUUCAUUCUGUGUAUUGCAGAUCCCGAGGCUAGCAUCUGAUUUGCAUUAGACAUAAAGGCUAUAAAGUCUUACAAGCACAUGUACCAGCAGUACCCGUUCAAAGCGACUUGUGCCAGUGUUGGCAGAGUACUGGUGUGCCAAAGAUGCCGUAGCUUAGUGGCAGAGGGCACAUGCUGAUGGUCUGUAUUUCAGCUCUCCAGGAUCUUUUCCAGCCCUAACUGGAGAUUAAGGGAGACGAACUACUGAUCAAGGUCAUUCUGCUGACUGGCAGCAGAUCGCCAGCAUUUCAACAGAAGUAUUUCCCAGCCCUGCUUGGAGGUUCUGGAGAUGGAAAUGGGGACGAUUUGCAUGUGUUCUGCCACCGAGCAACAACUCUUCCAUUACUGCCACUCCCUACAGAUGGUUCAAAGCCAGAUGGCUUGACUUGUUGUAAGGCAGCUUCCUAUGUUCCUAUGCUCUAUAUCCAAGGCAGCUCCAUCUGGUACACCGGCUGAGACCCUACCAGGGUGGUACAUGCCCUAGUUAUCUCCUGCUUGGACUAUUGCAGUGCACUCUGUGUGGAUCUACAUUUGAAGGUGGCUUGGAAACUACAACUAAUCCAGAAUGUGGCAGCUAGAUUGGUGACUGGGAGUGGCCGCUGGGACUAUUAACAGCCGUCUUAAAAGAACUACAUUGGCUCCCAGAAUAAAUCAAAGUGUUGGUGCUGACCUUUAAAACUCUAAAUGGCUUUGGCCCUGUACACCUGAAGGGGUGUCUUCAGCCCAAAACACGGAGAUCCAGCUCCAAGGUCCUUCUGGUGGUUCCCUCAUUGCGAGAGGUGAGGUUACCGGGAACCAGGCCGAGGGCCUUCUCAGUAGUGGUGCCCACCCUGUGGAAUGCCCUCCCAGCAGAUGUCAAAGAGAUAAACAACUAUGUGAUUUUUAAAAGACAUCUGAAGGCAGUCCUGUUCAGGGGAAUUUUUUUUAGUGUUUGAUGUUGUAUUGUGUUUUUACUAAAAAAAAUUGUUGGGAAAAAGGAAGACAGAGAGAAAGACUGCAGCCCCAGUUGCAUAUGCAGCAUGUCUUUGAAGGGGAAUUGAUCAAUUAAAAGCACAAUAAGCUUAGGAGCAAGGGACGCGGGUGGCGCUGUGGGUUAAACCAUAGAGCCUAGGGCUUGCCGAUCAGAAGGUCGGCGGUUUGAAUCCCCGCGACGGGGUGAGCUCCUGUUGCUCGGUCCCUGCUCCUGCCAACCUAGCAGUUCGAAAGCACAUCAAAGUGCAAGUAGAUAAAUAGGUACCACUCCGGUGGGAAGGUAAACGGCGUUUCCGUGCACUGCUCUGGUUUGCCAGAAGCAGCUUAGUCAUGCUGGCCACAUGACCCGGAAACUGUACGCCGGCUCCCUCGGUCAAUAAAGCGAGAUGAGCACCACAACCCCAGAGUCGGUCACGACUGGACCUAAUGGUUUGGGGUCCCUUUACCUUUUUAAGCUUAGGAACAUUGAGUGGUGCUUUAUGCUAUUGGUCCAUCUACCUCAGUACUGUCUCCUCUGACUGGCAGUGGCUUUCCAAGCUUUCAGGCAGGUGUCUCUCCCAGUAUUACUUGAAGAUGCUGGGGUUUGAACCCAGGGCCUUCUGCACGCAAAGCUUAUGCCCUGCCACUGAGGUAUGGCUCUUCCAUAUUGUUGUGUGUUCUACCAGUGCGGCAGUACCAAGAGCUUGCUUUUUGAGAGCUCUAUAAAGACUGGCCAGAUGGAGAGACAAAAUAAGCAAGGUCAGUGCUGUAGGGAUGGUGUAGCCUAUUUUCAGGAGCAAUGUCCCCAUUCCCCAAGUAAGGAAAAAUCAGAAAGUGGAUAGGCCACAGCCCUUCCGAUUUCCAUGCAAGUCAAUGCAUGAAAAAUGGUUUAUCAACAACCAGAGUAAUUCAUGACUAAAUUACUUUUUAGAACGGUGUUCUUCACCUAUACUGCUAUGCUCUGUAGAUAAGUAAACAAUUUUUAUUGCAUGUAAGCCUUCAAAUGCUCAGCACAUGGGGUUUAUUUAGCUGAAACAUGUAAAAAAUGGUCUUUUGGAAAGCUUCUUUUACAUCAUAGGGCAGUGGAAGUGCUUUAUUAAUGCAAGCACCAUGCCAAAAAAAGAGGGCAUUAGGGGUUGAAAUGAGACUAUCAUGAGUUGGCGUCAGUGAGAACCCAGAUCUGGCUAAUUUCCUACUAUGCCUGGUUAUGUGCAGCUGAGCAUAAUGCUUCUCUUUGAAGAGCUUUUCAAAGAAGCUUGAACAUUGUCUAGUUGCCCCUUUGUACAGUUGCCAGUGGCCACCUGACAACUUUGUAAACACACUUGUGCUUCUCUCCCCCCCCCACCCCCUUAUAGCGAGGACACUGGUAUGUUUACUUGACCUUUUCAGAUGGCGCCACCCCCUAGCAACAUUGCAGAAAUACAAAGGGGGAGUUGAGCAGCAAUUUGUUCUCUGCUUAUGGCAUUGGCUUCAACAAUUUUCUAAAGGUGGCAGCAGGAGGAAAAGACACUGGGGUGUCAAACCCGAGAACAGAAAGACCUUGGGAUGCUAAACUCUAGGAUGAGCCAGAAGAGUUGGGUUGUAGCUUAAAUAUGCGUGCCAAUGUUUAGAAAGUGUUCAGAUAAGGAAUAAGUUGAAGGGCCACGUUAUCAGCAGGUACGCAGAUUGCCCACAGGAAAGGGAAGCAAAGCACUCUGUGGAACAUUGAACAAGUCCAGCUGUGCAGUUUAGGGAUGGAAUAACUUUCGGCUUACUAGACCUACUUUAUACCUUCCCAUUCCUCAGGCAAGCUUAGGGUGGAAGUUAAAACAAAUAACAUUCUAAAGGAACAUUAACGACAGUCCAGUAAAAGUAGUCAUAAGAUGCUAAAACAGCUAUGGCAGAAGUUGUGUUGAGUACCAAUCAAUGGAUUGGGGGUUUCAGAUACAGAAAAGUACUUAAAACAUAAUCAUCCUUGGUAGCAUUUUCUCAAUUUGUACAGUAUUGGAUUUUUAAUAAUUUUUUGACUAGCUGAUUAGUUGAUCUUUAAUAAUAAUAAUAAUAAUAAAGUGUCUCUGAAGUCAGCAGUCUAUAUAUUUUGAUUGUUUUAGUACUUAUAAAAACUACACCAUCUUAAGAACAUUCCUUCUUGCAUUUGCGAGGAUCGUCUCAUCUCAGAUUGUGCUUGCCACUACACACGUGUGCAUCAUCUGACAGCAAUGCUUUCUUUCAGACUAUUUCCUCAUGCACAUGAGUUUCAAUGAAUUGAAUCUGCUUAAAAUUAACUGAUCUGAAAUGGGUCGAUUAUAAAUGGACAAGUACGUACAUCAAGAGUAGUCUUCACUUGUCAGCGCUCCCAGAACUGAAGGUGAUAAGGCAUACAAAAGUCACAGCAUAAAAGCUCCCUCCUAAUGACUCCCAUUUAUGCCAUUUCCUGCAGGCUUUCAUCUCAUCCAGUUCUAGUUGCCUCACCUCAAAGAGGAUAUUAUAGAAUUGGAAAAGGUUCAGAAAAGGCAACCAAGAUGAUCGAGGAGCUGGAAAGACUCCCCUGUGUAGAAAGUUGGCAUCAUUUGGGACUUUUUAGAAUAGAGAAAAAGCAAGUAAGAGGUGACAUGAUAGCAGAUUAUAAAAUUAAGCAUGACCUGGAGAAAAUGGGAGAGAGAGAAGUCUCCACCCUCAUAACACUAGAAUUUGUGGACAUUCAAAGAAGCUGAUGGUUGGACGAUUCGGGACAGUUGAAAGAAAAUACUUUUUCACGGAGCGUAUCUUUAAACAAUGGAAUUCAGUCCCCCGGUAGGCAGUGAUGGCCACCAACCUAGAUGGCUUUAACAGAGGAUUAGACAAAUUCACAGAGGAGAGGGCUAUCAGUGGCUAUUAGCCAUCAUGGCUACUGUUGUAGUCCCGUUUCUGAGUAAGCAGGGGCUAGGAGUCUCUGAGGAACACUGGCCUGAGAGCAGAAUCCACAUCCGAAAUCAAGUCCAUUCUGAGGGUUGGGCAGGCAGCAGUCAGCAUAGUCAGACAAUCCAGACAUCAGGGAAUCCAGAUGAUCACAGAGCCAAGGGUCCAAUGGGAGAGCAGGAUGCAGCAAGGUAGGGCCAGGAACCACAGGCAUUGUUUCGAGCAUUGAUGACUGCUGAGAGUUCUGUUUAAGAAGGCCAGAGCCGGCUGGUUGUCAUCAGUGCCUUCUCUGUGUCCUUGAAGGCUGAUCAGCUGCAGGUGGUAUCAGUUUGCCUUCUCCAGGCUUCUGUUCAGCAGGCAAAGCUGACCCAUGGCAGCAGUAAUGUUCCUGAAUACCAGCUGCUGGAAGCCGCAGGAGAGGAAUGUGCAGUUCUGCUUGAAUCCUGCUUUCAGGUUUCCCACAGGCGUCUGGUUGGCCAAUGUGAGAACAGGAUGCUGGACUAGAUGGGCCAUUGGUCCGAUCCAGCAGGCUUUUCUUGCGUACUUAUAUUGCACAUCCAGGACAAACCUGCUGAGUUGAUGCUCAGAGUGUUCAGGUUUUACCUUAUCUCGUGCAUAGGGAGCCCAUGUGGCCCUACAGAUGUUGCUGGACAUGCCAGCCAUGGGCAGAUGGGAAUUCAGAGCCUACAACAGGGUUUCCCAAACUUGGGUUGACAGCUGUUUUUGGACUACAGUUCCCAUCAUCCCUGACCACUAGCUAGGGAUGAGGGGAGCUGUACUCCAAAAGCAGCUGGCUUGAGAGCAGUACAUGUGAAAAGGAUGUAGGAGUCUUGGUUGACCACAAACUUGACAUGAGCCAACAGUGUGACGCGGCAGCUAAAAAAGCCAAUGCAAUUCUGGGCUGCAUCAAUAGGAGUAUAGCAUCUAGAUCAAGGGAAGUAAUAGUGCCCAAGGGAAGUAUUCUGCUCUGGUCAGACCUCACCUGGAGUACUGUGUCCAGUUCUGGGCACCACAGUUCAAGAAGGACACUGACAAACUGGAACGUGUCCAGAGGAGGGCAACCAAAAUGGUCAAAGGCCUGGAAACGAUGCCUUAUGAGGAACGGCUAAGGGAGCUGGGCAUGUUUAGCCUGGAGAAGAGGAGGUUAAGGGGUGAUAUGAUAGCCAUGUUCAAAUAUAUAAAAGGAUGUCACAUAGAGGAGGGAGAAAGGUUGUUUUCUGCUGCUCCAGAGAAGCGGACACGGAGCAAUGGAUCCAAACUACAAGAAAGAAGAUUCCACCUAAACAUUAGGAAGAACUUUCUGACAGUAAGAGCUGUUUGACAGUGGAAUUUGCUGCCAAGGAGUGUGGUGGAGUCUCCUUCUUUGGAGGUCUUUAAGCAGAGGCUUGACAACCAUAUGUCAGGAGUGCUCUGAUGGUGUUUCCUGCUUGGCAGGGGGUUGGACUCGAUGGCCCUUGUGGUCUCUUCCAACUCUAUGAUUCUAUGAUUCUAUGACCUAAGUUCGGGAAACCCUGGUCUUCAAUAUCAGAAUGAGCACAGGUUCCUUAUCCCUGCCAUACCGUGUUUUUCUGCUGUUUCACCAAUAGUUUCACUGUUUUGUUUUAUUUUAUUUUUUACUAUUUAAGCUAGCCAGUUAUUUGAAGGCACCUGCUUCAGUUUUGAAAAAUAAAUUAAGAGGAAGCUUUGUUUAUCAGUGGUUAGUGCAGAGGUGCAAAUGACAGAAAGAAGCAACGAAGAGCCUGUAAAGGAAUUUGACUUUUGUUUUAAUAAGGAGCUGAGAUUCUCUGUAUUCCAGUCUAAGAAAACCUUGGCAUGGCCACAUAAUGGCACCCAACUCUUUAGAUUCUACAGAAGAUAUUCUGGACCAGCAAUGGCUGUUGUUGACAUUGUCAUUAAAAGAAAGGGAAUUGGUUCAAUCUUCGUGGAAAUUUCAAAAAUGCUUUGAGUAUUGCUUCACUAAUACCCUCAAUGUGAUGAAGAAAUGUUAAGAGUUGUAUGUGCAACCGAUCCGUUCUCUACGGCUGCAGUCUUGCAUAGACUUAAUGUGGGCCACAAUCUUAUUCAUUCGUGUUACCUUGGAAAUAAGUCCUGAGUUAAAUGGGACUUUCACAUAAGACAAUGCCCACUUGAUAAUGACCAACUUGUGGUUUUGAUUUUAAUAGUCACAGUGAGAAUAGUAUUUGCAAGACAUUGGGGGAAAGGCAGCUAAACCCUCUAAAAACUGAAUGGGCUACCAAAGGUCUGGGAGGUACUACAAGCGGUGGACUUGACAGCAUACAAAACUUUCCAAAUGUGGUUGUGAAAGGCUGAAUAAAAAAAUGGGACACUUUGUACAGAGACACCUUAAUAGGAAAGAACUUGAGCAGGGAGAAAAUUGGCAUUGUUUUACUUUCUUUCUGAACUUUAAAAGUAGUAUGUAUAUGUAAAUAAACAGCUGUUAGUUUUGUAUGGCGUUGCUUUGAAACACUGGCUUUCUAAAAAAAAUAAACUGGUUGUUGCUUAGACUUUGUGGUCCUUCACAGUUUGGCAUUCCUAGCUCCUUGUUCCCUUCUGCAUCUAGCACAAAUCCCUGGUUCUUACAUUUAAAACCUAUAGUCUUGCUCCUUGUUUUCAUUUUUAUAUCCCUGCUAAUUACCGUAUUUUUCGCCCUAUAGGGCGCACUGGCCCAUAGGACGCACCUCCUUUUUUGGGGGGGAAAUGAAUAAAAAAAAGUUAUUUCUCCCAGCCCCCAGAACAGGCUGCUAUCCGCAAGCCUUGCGAGCCCGGCGGCAACUCCCGCCGGGCUUGCAAGGCUUGCGGACACCUGUGCGAAGCACGGGACGCCCUCCGGAGGGCGCCCUGUGCUUCGGGCUGCAGGCUGCUGCCCGCAAGCCUUGCGAGUCCGACGGCAACUCCCUCCGGAGGGCGUCCCGUGCUUCGGGCUGCAGGCUGCUGCCCGCGGGAACUCCCGCUGGGCGCGCAAGGCUUGCGGAUAGCUUCCUGAAGCCUGGAGAGCGAGAGGGGUCAGUGCGCACCGACCCCUCUCGCUCUCCAGGCUUCAGCGAAAGCCUGCAUUCGCCCCAUAGGACGCACACACAUUUCCCCUUCAUUUUUGGAGGGGAAAAAGUGCGUCCUAUAGGGCAAUAAAUACAGUACAUUCAUUCUUCCAACUCCUAUUUCAUUAAUAAUAAUUUUAUUGUAACUGUUGCAAGUGCUGCAGCAUGCGUCAUUUGGUUUGUAAUUUAAGAAUUAAUUCUACUAGUGUCAAAGUUCUGCUAGCCUAGGGGGUGACAGGUGGAUGUGUUGCUUAGCAACCAGAGUGGGAUGCUGCUUGCUGAGGUAGCACAUGCCCUCAUUGGCUGUGUGGUUCUGAGGGAGUCUUUCCUCUGUACAUUUGAUUGAAUGCCUAUCUGCUAUAUACAAGGCCUAAAGUAAGAAAGACAAAACCUCCCUGUUCCUCAAAUUAUAUACCGCUCAGUAUAGUGUUUAUCAUGAUUUCUUUUCUCUGUGGACUCUGUCUGUGUUAUGCAAGUGGUUUUGCUAACAGUACCUUCAGCGUGUAUGGCACUUUGCAGUAUGAGAGGACAGGUCUCUGUUCAGAGGGCUUGCAGUGUAAUCACAAAGAAGAUAAAACAGGAAGGGAAAGGAAGAGUAAGCUGGAGAAGAAUAAUGUCAGUAAUGUCAGUAAUGAGUGCUAGGAGAGCUAGGAUGUUAUGCUACCCAAAUGAUUCCACUUAUUCUUCUUCAUUGGUCACUGAGCCUAGAAUUUCUUUCUAAAACACUUGCCUGGGGCCACAGCCCUUCUCUUCAAAACCACACACCACAAUGUCUGUUUGUGUACUUGGUUGUGGCUGUAGUUGACAGACAAAAAUGCAGGGUUGCACCCCCGUCUGGGAGUGGGGGUGGUAGCAAAGUAAAACACAAACCGGGAGAGCAGGCUAGUUCCUUACAAAACAACACAAAACGGAGUAAAAUAGUGCCUGUGCAUUUUGCUGUAUAUGUCAGGGUCUACAAAUGAUUGAAACCUACUCUUAAAAAUAAAUAAAUUGAAAGCUAAGAAUUUAUGGAUUCCUGGCUCGCGUAGGUUCUCUCCAUUUUCAUGUUGUUAUGGCCUGUUCGGGAUACCCUUUGAAAUCCUCUGGGGGUUGUGGUGUGUUAAAACAGGUGGCCAUGUUUUGAAGACUGGAGAGACCUGGUAACCUUCAACAUGAUGCCCUUGGUGAAGUGAUAAUUGGCAAAAUAAAUAAAUAAAUAAAUAAAUAGUUGAAACUGUAGAGGCCUGAUAAGUGGCUAUCAUCGCAGGCCAACUUCUGCUGAAGCCUCUCCUUUGCUUUUGCCAUAUCUUUUUACCACAGUAUGUAUUUUAUUUUAUUUUAUUGCCAAAUUAGAUUUCCUGCUGUGAAGACUUGUUUCCCAUUAUCGGGAUCCCAUGAGAGCUUCCAGACCUUAUUCUGCCUUGCGUCUUGGAGUUUUGAGUUGUUAACAAGUGUCAUCCUUCCCUCGCCUGUCAGCUACAUUGUCUACCUGCAACUUAACCACCCCUCCCCACAUACUAACAAAAAAAGCACAAAAACCCCCACAUCCAGCUGCUGCAUGUUCACUGAUCCUGAUUGGUUGGCAUUUUAAAAUGGAGGGCAGUGCCAGCCUCUUUGUCCAUUUCCAUCUCUCUCUCUCUCUCUCUCUCUCUGUACUGGCAGGCAGCUUCAUUGCUCAGAAGAGGGACAAAUCUGUCUGAUUAAUUCUGCCCCUUUAGCUCUGAAUAAAGGUUGCUAUGUUACCCUCCCACUCUGAGGCCUGCCAGUGCAUACAACCAUCCAUAAUGCCACAGCAGGCAGCUGGUGAGUGCUCUCGAAAUGUGCCUCUCCUGCUGUGUUCUUGCUGUUCGCCAAGGUUACAGGGUGUGUGCAUGGGGGUGUUGGGCAUGACUUUGGGGGGCAGAGCUAUGGAUAGUCAGACAUUGCAGCACUAGGAUUUUCCUUCAUAAAAAUGCCAGCUUGGGAGGAUCUCUCUCAAAGCGGGUUUCAUAUCGGAAUCCUUGUAAUGAAAAGCUGCUGCUUGACCAUGCUCAGUCGUGGACAAGAGCAGGCCGGAUGCCCACUGCCACCCUCGCUGAUAUCGCUAGUUUCUGAAAGCAGGGACCUGUGAGCCCCCAGAUAAUCUCUCACCAUUGGCUGUGCUAGGUGGGGCUGCCAGGAGAAUGGGUGAUACUGCUUUGGAAUGCAGAAUGGGAUGAUUAUGAUUAAAAAAGAUAAGCUGUAAAUUAAUAGCAGAACAAAAGAAGACCUGUCACAAGUGAAAAGACAAUAGGGAAGUAGCUGAGCCAAAAAAGUUGUCUUUGUAGUGCUAGAUUUUUGCUUGCAGGGAGGUUUCUACGUGGAGGAGCGCUCCAAAAAUUGCACCCCACUCCAUGCUACGUGAAGUGCUCUAUUCAUUUAACCAUCUCCUUCUGCUGUAUGUGCAAACCUAUAGUGAUUCUAAAGCUGGAGGAAGAUUUCCAUGCGUCCAUCAACUUACAGGUCAAAUUCCCCUGUCAAUCAGGAUUCAAAGACAUUUACAGUGGUACCUUGGGUUACAUACGCUUCAGGUUACAUACGCUUCAGGUUACAGACUCCGCUAACCCAGAAAUAGUGCUUCAGGUUAAGAACUUUGCUUCAGGAUGAGAACAGAAAUCGUGCUCCGGCGGCGCGGCAGCAGCAGGAGGCCCCAUUAGCUAAAGUGGUGCUUCAGGUUAAGAACAGUUUCAGGUUAAGUACGGACCUCCAGAACGAAUCAAGUACUUAACCCGAGGUACCACUGUACUACUAUGCUUUCAAGUCAGCUAAAUUUUUGCAGUCUCUGAUAAAUCAGGUUUAGUGUAGUUGUAGAUUCAUGUUUGGUUGCCAAUACUGGAAGCAAACAUGAGAUAUGAUUCACUGGGCCGAGGGCUCCAGACGCCAGACUCAGCUACAUUAGUCAAAAAACCAGCAUUUUGAAUGUGUUAUAAACAUACAACAGCAGAUGGCGGUGUAGAGCACAAAACGUUUCUAUGCAAUUUUGCAUAGUGUUUUUUUUUUCCUUUCGUUGUAACAAUUUAUUUUAUGACUGAUUUCUAGCAUUUCCCCCCUGUGUUUAGAUCUAUCCACUCACCCACUGGCUAUUGUGUCAGUGAAUGCUAGGAUAACCUUUUGAAUGAUGAUAGCUGGAGUUGUUAUCAUUUGAAUUUGGUGUUUGGUCAGAGCUUUUUCAGAGCAGCUGAAGCAAGGCAUUCUGCAUAUAGAGCUUGUUGGACCACAAGACCUUGUUGGACUACAGUUCCCGUGACUAUUGUCCCUGGUAUGCCCCGCAGAGGAACCUACGGUCUGCAAAUAAAAACAUCCUGAAGGUCCCAGGCCUCAGAGAGGUUAGGCUGGCCUCAACUAGAGCCAGGGCUUUCUCGGCCGCGGCUCCAAUCUGGUGGAACGCUCUGUCACAAGAGACUAGGGCCCUGCGGGACCUGACAUCUUUCCGCAAGGCCUGCAAGACAGAGUUGUUCCACCAGGCCUUUGGUCAGGGCCCAGCCUGACUCCCACCUCUGGCAACCUGCACAGAACUUUGCUUAACGGUUGCCAUUAAUUUGAUUUUAAUUAAUUUUUAUAAUGAAAUGUUUUAGAAUGUUGGAUUAUCUGAUUGUUUGAUUAUUUGUUUGUUGUUAGCCGCCCUGAGCCUGGCUUUGGCUGGGGAGGGCGGGAUAUAAAUAAAAUUUAUUAUUAUUAUUAUUAUUAUAGUAGGCUGAGGCUGAUGAGAGUUGGAGUCCCACAUUUGAAGGGCCUCAGCUUCCCUAUCCCUGAUUGGGUGUUUGGUAGUGUUUAAUCACCAGUGAUCUUUGCCAAUGGAAUUCUACAGGUGAAAAAGUCCAUUGUGGCUGUGCAAUCUUCAGUCAUAGCUCUCUGACAAUGCUAACCUCAGAGGCCUAAACGUUAGUUAGAUGGACCAAGAAGUGUGCAGAGUCACAUUCAGUAUUAUUCCAUUACUGCCCUCCCGGUACAGAAAUGGGAACAUCUUGAAUUGGAAAUAUUUUGGAUUUCAAAGCCAGUGCUGCUGAUUUAAAUUCAUGGCACCUGUUCAGAGAAGUUUCCUGGCGCUUUCACUGUUUAACCCCAGAGGCACCUGGGGUCAGACUUCCUCAAAGUUCAGAGAUAUUAAUAAUUUUAACUACUGGCUGCUGUCACAGUAGAGAAGGAUUCAAAAGGCUGGUAACUUGAAUCUCUCUCUGAGUCCACAUAACUGCAAAAGAGGAAAAACUUUUAUUGCUUUUUCAAGCAUUGCAGAACUACCUGUCCAACUGGAACUUAGAAUAACAGCACCUUUAUAUGUAUGGGCAGAUGAAUCACAUAGAACCUGGGGUAACUUAUGCAAUGGAUUUCAGAUAUUGUCGGACUCCAGCUACCAUCCGCCAAUGAUGUUUGGCAACAUCACAUUGGUUAUGCCUGGUGGGGAGAGAAAUGUUCAUUACAACCUUCUAUAUCUAAGGUUGGUCAGCCUGUCCCAUCAGACUGGGUUAUUAUACAGCUUCCCAAAUUUUAAUUAUAGUUGAUUAUUUGCAAAUGUUUGUACAGCCAUAGUAGAGAUGACUGGUACAAGAGGAACACCCUCCCACUGGAUGUUAUUGAAUGCUGUAGUACAGGAUGAAGGAAAUACCGGUACUUACAACGUCUUUCAACCAUCUUGCGAUUACCAGUUUUUGGUGGCUGCAGCUGGUAACUAAAGUGGGGCCCUCCAAUUUUUUAUUUUUUUACUGCAACUCCCAUCAGCCCAAGCCAUCAUAGCUAAAGGACAGGAAUGAUGGGAAUUGUAGUUCAUAACAUUUGAAGGGCGACAUGUUAGCUACCCCUGUGCUACAGAGAAAUAGACUAAUUCCUAGACUCUGUUUAAUAGUUCCCACUGGAUUGCAUUGAUUUAAAACUUAGACUGAGUUUUAGUUAACAGGGAAAUGGGGAGGAAAUGCAGCACAUCUUUGACUCUCAGAGCAAGAACAGGUUAUUUCCACCCCCACAAGUUCUAACAGAGACAAACAGAGGCUGUUACUGUUUAAUCAAUAUAUUCAAUUUAUUUGUUUCGUUGUACAUAUUUUUUACAAAUACCCAAGUGGUGCACAAAAAGAGAAAGUGAGUCAUAGUGUAAAUCAUAAAACAAAGCCAAUAAGUAUUAAAAGCUGCAGAAAUAAAAUGGGCCAAGUUGGGAAGACUUGAGGGGAGGGACAAAAAGUUUUCAACAAACAAAAAUUUUACGAUGUUGGGGCUGACUUCUCUUGUGGUGACCAGAAUUCCAGAGACCUAUACCACAACACUAAAAGCAUGUGUGCUCAAGUCACUGUGUGCUUUACUGCAAUUGCGCCACCUUCUGGUGCAGUUUCACACACAACCCCUUUUACUUCAGAUUUAAUAUUCACUGAAAAAGUCUUAAUCUGCAGCUAUAAACUCCAAGGAUUUACUCCCUUGAAUCUGUACAUUAUCUUUACAUGCACCAGCUUGAAGGUUACAGAUUUCAGAGACCACUUGGAAGAGGAUCAGUGAAGAAAAAUACAGCAAAAUGCCUCAACUAUCCACACAGACUUGCAGGAAACGCUUUAGAAAUUGUUUUAAUUGUUAUACAAACCUCAUUAUGUUACAUAGAAUUCACAAACAGCAUAACCUGAAAAUGCUGCAUAGUGUGUGGACAUACGGGCCCUUUUUCAUACCUAGUGUGAGUGCUCAACAGCAUGAGAUUAUUGGGAUUUCAGAUUUGAUAUAAAUGUGGUAAAGAUCCAAAGUUUACUCAUUGCAUCUCAUUGAGCAGGAUAAUUUUCUGAACUCUGGCAAGGACCCUCUUCUCUGCUUGUUUCACGCACCAAAAUAUAUGGGAAGAAAUGAAAAUACCAUUAACCAGGUUGCUGAAGAUACAUUGAGAAAGUACAUGUUUGUCCUUUCCCCCCUUUGAUAUGGGGAGCAUGGAAGAUAGAAAGAUGGUUGCUUUGCCCAACUUCGCAUAUCAACUCUGUCCUGGCAAUUUGUUUUAUGCAUUAUCAAAAAGGAAUGGAUAAAAUAGCUAUAUUGGAUCUAUAGGUGAUGCUGCAGUAGGAGUAGCUAAUGUGGUGCCUUCCUGUUGUUAUGGACUACAAUUCCCAUCAUCCCUGGCCAUUGGCCAUGCUGUCUGGAGCUAAUGGGAGUUGUAGUCCAAACUAUCUGCCACCCCUGAGCUAGAGAAGGCAUCAAAACCAUAUAAAUGCAUGGCUUUGGGCUAAACCCCUGUUUUUUCAAAAUUGGUGUUGAAAGAAACCCCUUUUUUCAAAAUUGGUGUAUUGUUCAUCAAUGUAUAGGUAAGUAUACCUAGACAUUGCUUCUUACAUAUAUUUUUACUCAUCCCUAUAGAUGUUACCUAUUUGAUAUUGCUUAUUAAUGUAGUCUGUACAAGUGAAAAAAUAAAAUAUGAUAUGGGUCUCAUGUAAUGUAAGUCAUUUUCAAAAUGGACCAGCUGAAGUAAUUUGAGUCCCCUUGGUCUACUCUGAGAAUGACUCACAUUGGAUAUUAACCAAUAUUCUUUCCUUAAAGGUCCCCCCAAAAGUGUAUGCAACAAAAUCUGGACUCAUAACUCUUAACUCAAUGCCCAUGCAGAAAUCUGUAUGUUUAGAUCAGUGAGGCAGAAUACAGCAGUGCUGUCAGAAGGCUGAAUCUUUGUCUUCCAUUGAACCAAGGGCCUCUCCCGUUUCCUAUGUUAAGAACCAGGGAAUGAACCAGAUAAUCUAAUGGACCCUUUCCCCUGCUGACAAAGGGAUUUGACCCUAUUGGCAGGGUCAGCAACAGAGAAGACCUUUCUGUCUGUGACCUUUUCACUGUUUGAUUGUAAGUCAGAAUCCAUUAGGGAAGAUGCAUGGAUCAAAGACUGGGGUUCCGGAUACAGUGACCACCUCUUGACAGACAUGGCCAUGAAGUGUCAGAGGUCACUUCGGGAUAAAAGACCUGCUAGUUGGCGCUACGGAAAAGGAAAGGAAAAUCCCAAUGCUUAGCAAAAGGGCCGUCUCUUCAAGUUGGUUGAGUAAACGCUAGCAUUUAGGAACACUGGUGUGUGGAAGGGAGGGAGGGAAGGAAGCAAGCAAGCAGGAAAAGAAACAGCAGGGUGUCUAGAGUCAACAUCAUGGCAGCAACAUUAUGGGAUAGGUGUUUCCAGUUGCCUUACCCCCCUCUCCAUCUUGGAAUCCUUAUAAGAAGCUGUUGCAGGAGAAUGGCUGUGAGCAACAUCACAGGAAAGGUGUUUAUAGGACCAAGGGGAAACUCAAGGGGCAUUGCUAUUUCUGCUGUUGCCAGGAAAGAUGAUGAUGUUGCAUUUAUAGUACUGAAAUGUUGUUUUCCGUAUGCUGCUGUAUUUGCUUUUAUGUUGCUGUUUUAUCGCAAUAUUAUGGAAUCCUUCUUGUGACUGAUUUGGAGAUGUGUUUCUUUUUUUCUUCAUUGUAAGCUGCUCUAAGCACGAUCCUUUUUGUGGAAAGGCAGCAUACAAUUAAGAUGAGGAUGAAGCUGUACCUUGCUAUAUCCCCUGCAUAGCCCUACGUGUUGUCUUCACUUCCCUUUUCAUUUAUUUAUUUUCCAAUUUCCAUUGUAAAAUAUGUAUAACCCACCUUUACUUGGCAGAGCUCAUGCCAGCUAAUGGCAACACAUUUAUUUAUUUAUUUCGUUACUUAGUUUCGUAAGAUUUCUUGCCCGCCUUUCACCACAAAAAUAAAAUAUGCAGUUAUAAAACAAAUGAAACAGUUACAACCAAAACACUAGUGCAGUAACCAGCGCUGCUUCUCUAAAAAAAGAGGUGCCGGAACUCACCAUGAACGCCUCCCUUGUUGUCUUACGAUGGAGGUGCUGGAACUGAGUUUUGGUAAGUUCUGGCUAAAAAAAAGCCUUGGUAGAAACAAUGGAAAACAAUGACUUAUAUUGAAAACAGUACAAACAUUUAAGACCCACUCCACAUGUAAGAACAGUUUAAAAUAAUUUCAGUACAACAGACUGGGAUGAAGAGCUCCACUUAAAAGGGCUGUUGGAAGAGGAAGGUCUCUGGUAGGCUCUUAAAAAAACAGUGAAGAUUAUGCCUGGAUAAUAUGUGGCAGGAGGGAAUCGAAGGAGGGUAGGUGCCUUCUUGGUGGCGGCAUUCAGACUAUGGAACUCCUUGCAACAGGAAAUACAGCUAAACCCCUGUCUAUGCCUAUAGACAUUUUGUUCAAAGCACCUUUGUUUAGAUGUAUUUUUCAGUGGUGCUGCCUGAAUAUCAGCCAGAUUUAUGGCUGGUGUUCAGCACUUCCCUGCUUUUUCAUUUUUACUCUUUUAUGAUUGCUGCUUCGCUGGUUUUCUUUUGUAUUAUGAAGGGGGCGGGCCACCUUGAUUCUUCUGUGCUCGUUUAAAUAAAUAGGGUGCUCACUGCCAGCUUCCCUUGUGCACACUAGUCUCACAUGCUCUGAUACCUGUCCUUCUCACCUUUAUCGUUUCCGCGCAGCACAUCCAUGGGAGCCGACCACCACCUCACUUUGUGUACGACCCCUCGGCCUUCGCCUUCCAAUCCCUGAGCACCUUGAAGCCUCUGAGCCCAAUAGCUCCAGUUGAAGAACCAUCAUGUGCCUACUGAAGGAGAUAACGCCAAACUCUCAGGAAUCAUCAUUCCAACCAACUUCCCAGCAGGGACUGGGUGUGGGAGGGCAUGUUUUUUUGUUUUGUUUUGCAAUAACCACCAAGAUUCUUGGUAAGAGGAGAUGGGUGGCUUUUCUCUUGCCUGUUUUUCAUGCCGUCGUAACUUCUGAAGAUUUGCAGAAAGGGAAUGUCUGUGCAUUGAGCAAGCUCAGCUCAUAAGCCAUAGUACAAUUAUCAAGAUGGUGUCUGAUAACGCAGAAAGCUGUUUUUCUUACAAUUAAAAGUUGGCAUCUUGCCCUAAUGAAUGAGCAGUGAUCCAUGUGGUGGAAUGUGAAGAAUAAGCAGGGUUCUAUCAUUUCCCUCCCCAAAUCUAAUGGGAGUUGUUCUCUGUAGCCCCGUGAACCUUGCCAAGAAUUAGAAUGCUCUCUGGUCUCAUCAGCUAAAGGUCAAGGUGGAUCUGGCUUAGCUGCCCCUGGAGGGUGGACCAGAUCUUCUUCGUGCAACCACAUUACAAGGCUGGAACAAGAAGCCCAUUGAGGUUGUGCAGUCCCAGGGUCGCCUUGAGACACGGCACAAACACACACUUCUAGAGUACGUCCCAAAGGAUUUUCUCAUCUGCCGAGUUCACUAGCAUUACAUGUUCUUGCUCUGUGCAGUCUAGAAUAUGCCAUCGAGCCCCAGGAUGUUCUAUGUCUGGGCAGAUGUUAGCCAGAAAGUACUCAGGAAAGAAGAUGGGGCUGGAAGAGGCACAAUUUCCUCUCACUUUGGCUAGAAAACCCCUUAUUGAGCCAUGAGAGCAUCACUUCCUUGGGCGCCAUCCCCAUCUGGCUGGGGAAUAUGUAUGAAAAUCAUAAGCGCAUGGUUGGGUUCCCAACCAUGUGUCUGGCUCCAUCCUUGUGAUCACACUGCUCACAUCCUGCAGCUGCAUGGGUUAGCACUGCAGGGGAUAGAAUAAUGUGUGCUUGGGUUGCCUUUGAUUUAUAUUCACUGCACUAGUUGAGAUAUAAUAGGCACUGGGAGCAAACAUCGACUCUCAGCCGGCUGUUCAGUUGACUCUUUGUAGAUCUGAGUGAGGGAGAAAGAGGAAGACAAAAUAUAUUUUACUAACAGCUUCUUUAUGGGGGCUGGAAUGUUGCUUUAACACGACUGCAGCCCCCACUGCUCCACAUUGAUUAUCUUUCUUCUUGCUUGUCUGCAUUGACAUAAGAGAGGCUAGUUUUUGGUGCUGUUAAAUGGCCCAGAUUUUACAGCAGGGAUGGAGAACCUAUGAUUCUCCAGGUGAUGUUGGACUGCCACCAGUCCCAGCCAGCAUGGCUAAUGGUUAGGGCUGAUUGGAGUUGUAGUCCAGCCAAAUCUGGAGGGCCACAGAAUUUGCUGCCUCUAUUUACAGGGUCCCCUUCAAACCAGAAGAAAUCAACAAGUGUCUCUUGGGCCUACACUGUUUUCUCUAGUUCUGUGAUUUCAAAGAUGUGUAUUCAGACAUCAGUCUUAUCGGUGUACUAUAAUAAUAUGGUGUACAAUCGAGCACCCGCUUCUGAUGUGUAAUCACCAUUUUUAAUUUUGAAAAAUAUAUAUGCAAAACAAUAUUUGGGAAAUGUGAGUCUGCCCUAGCAUGAACAACUUCUCUGAAACUUGGGGAGGAAUUAAGUGCCGUGCUGUUCUGAUCAUUCCAUCAGUGCAAGCUUUUCUGCUUGCCAGACAAAAUUACCCCCUUCACCGCACACACUAUUCUAGGGGGUUCUCUUCCUAACCCCCCAGAGCAGAUUUGGGGGAGAUGCGGAGGAGGAGGGGGGAAGCCCCAUUGCACUGCCUUUGUACUAGCUCCUGCUAGCAUGCUGGGUUAAUUGAAUCUGGGCCUUAAAUCUUAAUCUUGGCCAUAGAACAUAUUCUGUAUAGAAAAAGCCAACCUCAGUUGCUCAUGUUCCCUAUGGAAUCCCAAGUCCAGAAUCUUUCCAAGAGUAUGAGUUGACUCUGCUGCCUUAAGUCCUCCCUGCACAUAGGUGGCAGUGGAUGGAAUGUUUGUGAUAAUGGAGUCAAUGCUUUGGGUUUUUGGUUUGUUUUUUUACUGCCCCAUCCCAUGAAAGAAAAAUUUGGUGGUGCGCACAGCCUUCUUUUCACCAGCAUCAAUGAAAUAAAAAGCAGGCUGCUUUUUGUCCGCUGGCUUGCUCUGAUAAGAACAAAAUCAACGAGGAAUGAAAUAAGGCAGGUCUUUUUUUGAAACAUUUCCAGUUAAAAGAGGGGAAAUUUGCUUCCUUGUCUUUUAUUGCUAUUUUUGCAGGCUCUAUGGUCAACAAUGCAUGGUGGGAUUUGUAAUCUUUAUGGGCUUUAGCCUCCCUAUAUGACAAGGGCAAAUGUAACCUAGUUUGCCGUUUCUGCAAGUUAGGUUUGGCCUACAAACAGCCAGCAUGAAUCGUGGUCAGGAAAGGUUUGGGGUGCUACUUCCCCUGCCUAGAGCCAACUGCUUGUCCCACAGACACUACAGAGCGCUCCCCCCCCCCUUUGCUAAGCAGGAUGACUAUUUCUGAUUGGCCCAGAAUAUGCCGUCCCAGAUGAUGAUGCAAGAUGAAGGAAUGGAGGGGAGACAAACCUCUGUUAAUGUUGCCUUUCUUUAGUACUUUUGUAACAUUUCUCUCUCUGUGGUUUUUCAAUCAGAACAAUAAAGUUACAUUUUAACUGCUGCUAUAUUCACUGCUGGUUUUUUUGUCUCUGAGGACACGAAAAGCAGGGUUUUAGUUUACUGUACUAUUUCAAAAUAGACAGGGCCCCCGGGAC